CUCCUCCCCCUGCUCUCCCUCCCAGUAGCAGGUUUGAGCUCCACUUCGCAACUUGCUCUCCCUCCACCUUACAGAGCCUGCUAUGGACGUGAGGAUGGCAGCCAGCAGCAGGCAGCUAGGAGCCACCAGCCCAUAAACGCCGGGCCGCUUGGCUUCCCGAUGCGCAGAUGGCUUCUCUUUGCGCGGAGUCCCCGGCAGCCUAAGGAAGGCGCUUCCUCCUCCCAGCCUGUCAUCCAAGCUCCUCUAGAUUAUUCAGUUCCACAUAUUUUUAUUUUUAAAAUCAACUUAUUUUUGGCCUGCCCGCGGGGUGGGUAGGGUAGGGGUGCGUGCGUGGAGGGGGUUUCUCUAAGGAGGGGGUUGUGCGCGUCGUGGCCGAGAUGAACAACCUCGCCUUCGAAGAGGCGUCUUUGGACGGCUUGGACCCUUCGCUGACUCUCCAUGAAUCCAGCGAGAUUGACACGGCUCUGCUGAGCGACAUUGACGGUGGGUACAGGGUAGGGGGAGCGGGGGGGGGCUGUUUCUCACGGUGCCAACCGGGGAGAAGGGAAGCAGCUUUUGCCCAGUUGGUACCUGCAAAAAAAAUGGGGUCUUGCAUCAUGGUGGAAGCCCUUUCUUGCUUGAGUUAAAGUCGGGAUCUGUGGUUUGGGACGAGGGUCCUAAUUUCUGUGCAAAGGGAGUGCAUUUGUUGUUUAUUAUUAUUAUUUCCAAAAGUGCCCUUUUGCCAAGAUAUAUAAAUAUCCAGACAGCCUGUGAUUUCAGCAAAAAGUGAACUUCCAAAUUAGAGCCUGAAUUGUAGAAAUGUGUGCAAUAUUUCUCAAUCCUUUUUCCUAACCAGUUUGGAUGAAGCGAGCGCGUCCUGAGCGCGCGCGCCUGAGAAGUGAGAGUUUUGGGAGCGUGUGUGUAGGCACGAGCCUGCUCCUCUCCCACCGAGGGAUCUGUUUCUCCUUGGGUGACGGGAUCCCUUGAACGGAUCCCACCCCCCCACUCUUGCCUUCGCGAGCCAUGUGCUUUUGUACCCCGUUUACCACCGCCUUUUCCCCAUGGCAACAUCACGCCGGGUGCAUUUGUGGGAGGACGGAGGAUCGCUGGCUUUGCAAAAGGGAGUCACAAGGAGCCUGAGAGAUUGCAAGUAUAAUAUCCAGAAAUCCACCGCCUCCCCGUGUCCCUGGCGGGUAGCCAGCUGCUAAGGCUAAACGCCCCGCCCACUCCCCCCCCGUCUGUGUGUGUGAGAGAGAGGGGAGGGGGAGGCUGACGUCACGCCUCGGGUUACUGUCGGUCAUUCCCUCUUUCGGAAGAAAGUUCAGCGCGCCUUUCGCGAGGCGCCGAGGUUUGCGCGCUAGGGCGACGCUCCGCGGCUCCUGCGCUCUCGCAGCCCCUUGAUGUGCAAGGUUUGGGUUGUGCAACUAGGCUUGGCUUGCACCCAAGGGUGCCAACUUGAAUAAAAUAUUGGGGAGGCCCAGGUAUGCCUCGCCCCCCAGAAUGGAUCCCAAAACGCGGUGCGCACAAAGGCAAUGCACAUCAACUGGGGGGGUGCCCCGGUCCCCUCAGAUAUUUUAUUGGGGGGCCGAAGGGACUUUAGCCGUGGUUGUCGUCUCCUAUGAUUGCACUCCACCGUCUUGCCCGCCCACCCCUUCUCUGCCUCGACUGCGCCUUUGCAAAACCGUCCCGUGCCAGCGUUGCUUGGUUUUCGUGCAAAGGACACCUCUUGUGUGUGCAGCUCUAUAAGCAUCUCUUAGUAAUGCUAUGGUGCUUUUAAUGUCGCGUUACAAAGUGCAAAGAGGGCAGGUCCCGACCUGGAGGCAUGUACAGUUUUUUGGUUUAGGUCCAGUUUCAUUGAUAACUUACCAAAAGAGAGAGAAAAGUUCCUACCCAAUACAAAGCAUCUUUUCAUAAUACACCUGAGUAAAAAGAAUACUUUCGAAAUCUAAUCUUAAAAAGAACAGAAGCAAAGAGAGAAAAGGAGUAAGAAAAGACGAUGGGAAAAGAAAAAGGCUUCUGAUUCUCUGUCCGUUAGCUAAAGAUAGUAUUCACUCACUGACCUCCAACUAUUAUAUUUUAUAUAAGCCAAUAAUUUUUCAAUCUUCAGAUCCAGAUAUUACAAGUAUAUUUUCUCUUUCAAGCAGAAAAGUCCAUAAGAAGUUUAUAAUCCUUAAUAAAUGUCAAUAAUGAUUUUUCAUUAAUUAAGCACAUUAACUUAACACCGUUAACAUGGAGUACAUCUAAAGCACCCCGACACCACUUUAAACAGUCAUGGCUUCCCAAAGAAUUCUGGGAGCUGUAGUUUAUUGAAGGGUGCUGCGGGCUGUUAAGAGGCCUGUUUCCCUUUUGCAGAACUACGAUUCCCAGAGGUCCCUGUGAAGAGGGAUUGACUGUUGAACCAAUUGAGAAUGAAGUACAUGGUAUUGGGGCCUUUUCAGUGUUGGCUCCUCACAUGUGGAGCUCCCUCCUCAGGUACACUUAGCACCAUCUCUUUGUGGUUUUAGGUACCUGCUUAAGACGCACCUUUUGGGGGCAGGGUUUUGGAGGUGGAGAGACCUGAUAAGAUAAAUGAUUGCUAAUGAGUUCCUGUGUCUUAAGGGCUGCGUAAUCUUACGGAUCCGUUUUUUUAAUCUUAUUGGACUUGGUUGCAAUCUGCCUUGCAACUUGUGCAAAGGGCAGUUAAAAAAAGUAUCACCUAAAUACAUAAAACAAAAUAUACUGUGGAAGUAGCAACACUGGUCUACUGUGCAUGGUUGUUGUAAUAGUUCCUAAGGAUCAGGAAACAAUACCCAAGGCUGCGACUCAUUGCAUAAGAGGCGAGACUGCUCCAGUGCUCUGAGAGCUUAAGGGGCGCAUUAGUUCUUGCUUUGGAGUUAGGAUAUAGUUUCAGUCAGGGAAAGGGCCCAUCCCAUUUUGCCACCUGAGGCGAAACACGGAAGUGCCCCCCGUUGCCCCCCUACUGCUGCCCCACCACCACUUCUGGGGCUGCCAGAAUGCCCUCUCCCCUCUUGCAGAACUCAGCAAGAGCCAGGGUGUUCCACAAUUUGGGUGGCAGUGCCGCAUGCCAGAAGCAGUCUUGCACAUCUGCCGCCUGAGGCCGGUGCUUCAACCUGCCUCAUGGGUGGGCCAGCUCUGAUAUUACUGCCUUGGGAAAAGACAUGCUUACCGUUUCCUAAUGCAGGGGUAGGCAACCUAAGGCCCGCGGGCCGGGCGCUGCCCAAUCGCCUUCUCAAUCCGGCCCACGGACGGUCCGGGAACCAUCGUGUUCUUACAUGAGUAGAAUGUGUGCUUUUAUUUAAAAUGCAUCUCUGGGUUAUUUGUGGGGCCUGCCUGGUGUUUUUACACGAGUAGAAUGUGUGCUUUUAUUUAAAAUGCAUCUCUGGGUUAUUUGUGGGGCCUGCCUGGUGUUUUUACACGAGUAGAAUGUGUGCUUUUAUUUAAAAUGCAUCUCUGGGUUAUUUGUGGGGCCUGCCUGGUGUUUUUACACAAGUAGAAUGUGUGCUUUUAUUUAAAAUGCAUCUCUGGGUUAUUUGUGGGGCAUAGGAAUUUGUUCAUUUCUCCCAAAAAAUAUAGUCCGGCCCACCACGUGGUCUGAGGGACAGGGGACUGGCCCAUGGCUGAAAAAGGUUGCUGACCCCUGGUCUAAUGCAUGAAAGGCUAAGCCUGUGUAACAAGGAUGUUGAAUCUCAGGUCCAGGGGCCAAAUGGGGCCCUUCAGGCCUCUAACUGGCUGUUGGGAGUCUCCCAGCCCACCCGAUCCGCAGGCCACACCACCACAGGUUCCAUGACAGUGUUUCUCCAACUUGGGUCCUCUAGUCACUGUUGGACUAUAACUCCCAUCAUCCCUACCUCGCAGGACCAGUGGUGAUGGAUGAUGGAAGUUGUAGUCCAGUAUUUCCCAAACUUGAGUCCCCAGCUGUUUUCUGACUGCAAUUUCCAUCAUCUCUGACACUAGUCUUGCUAGCCAGGGAUGAUGGGAGUUGUAGUCCAAAAACAGCUGGAGGCCCAAGUUUGGGAAACACUGUCCUAUGGGAAGGUAUGACAGGCCAGCUGUUCCCAUGCAUGGGGGGGGACACAGAUGAUGUGCCCCCCCAGCUGUUGUUGAACUCCUAUCAGCCUCUGCUAGCAUGGCCAGUGGCUGAGGACAAUGGGAGUUGUAGUGCUCUGAGACUGGCCUGUCCCAGAAUCUCUGGGCAGCUUGUGCAAAUAUUUUGCAAAGGAACAGGAAUGGCAACAAAUAAAUGGAUUCCACUGCUCCCACAGAAAGCGCCUGGAUAGCAGACUCAGCAGGUGCUGGGCUUCCCCACUGUGGUGAGGUGCAACUAUUUCCAAAUGGACAUCUAAAUGGAUAGCUCAGUUGCUUAGAGCAUGGUGUUGAUUACACCAAGGUCGCAGGUUUGAUCCCCAUAUGGGGCAGAUGCGUAUUCCUGCAUUGCAGGGGGUUGGGACUCGAUGAUCCUCAGGCUCCCUUCCAACUUCACAAUUCUAUGAUUCCAUGAUCUAUGCUCAUAAAUUACCACGUGCAAACUUUAUGCCACUUCCUGUUGUCUUUUUGCCAUCUUUUUUUUUUGGCGAUGUCUAGUGUUCAUCCUGCUUCCAGAACUUCCCAGGUGAGAACAAGGGUAGAAUAAUAUAAAGCCCCUAUUGAUCAGUGCCAGAUUUGCAUAUAAGCUAAACAAGCUAUAGCUUAGGGCCCCACUCUCUUGGGGGCCCCAAAAAUUUUUUAAAGGAAAAAAAACCUGGAUGUACAUUUCCAAAAUAUAACAUAAAAAAACAAAUAAAAUAAAACCUACAUACAGUGGUACCUUGGGUUACAGACGCUUCAGGUUACAGACUCCGCUAACCCAGAAAUAGUACCUCGGGUUAAGAACUUUGCUUCAGGAUGAGAACAGAAAUUGCGUGAUGGCGGCGCAACAGCAGCGGGAGGCCCCAUUAGCUAAAGUGGUACCUUAGGUUAAGAACAGUUUCAGGUUAAGAACAGACCUCCAGAACGAAUUAAGUUCUUAACCAGAGGUACCACUGUACAGCAACAGUGUUUUGUGUUGUGUAGGCUCCUAUGAUGUAAGUCAUGGGCCCCGCCUUUUCGCCUGCUCCCUGAAAUAUCACUGGUUUGCUCAUUUCCAUAUAUAGGGUGCCUACAUUCUGCAUGGAAUGGUUGUAUGGCAACAUGUGCAAAUAGCUUUAGAUACCUAUUAGGCCCAUAAAUUACCAUAUAGCAUAUAUUCAACACAAAAAAACAGUGACAAUUUGUUGUUGACAAAGGACAGCUGGACAUAUAAAGGGCCCCAUUACCUUCAGUAGCUUAGGGCCUCAUCAAACCUAAAUCCAGCUCUGCUAUUGAUACAGCAAAGGGUCACUGCCUAAGGCAGGGGUAGGCAACCUAAGGCCCGGGAGCCGGAUGCGGCCCAUUUUUCUCCUCAAUCCGGCCCGUGGACGGUCCGGGAAUCAGCGUGUUUUUACAUGAGUAGAAUGUGUCUUUUUAUUUAAAAUGCAUCUCUGGGUUAUUUGUGGGGCAUAGGAAGUCAUUUAUUCCCCCACCCCCCAAAAAAUAUAGUCCGGCCCACCACAUGGUCUGAGGGCUGAAAAAGGUUGCUGACCCCUUAGGCAUUCCUGGUGGUCCUUCACUGUUGCCCUUAUGCUGCUGCUGCUGCUGCUGCUAUUAUUAUUAUACUGCCCUUCAUCCAAAGAUCUCAGGGCAGUUCACAGCAUUAAAAAUACAAAAUAAAAACACAAAAUACACAGUAAGUGAGAGUAAAGUGUAAAGCGAGAGAAAAUACUCCAAGGAAAAUAAAACAGUUCCGACCAGAAAAACAUCUAACCCCUGCCCCCCAUGUUAAUCAAAAGAAGAUAUGGUUCCACGACAGAAAAUCCGCACUUGCCAUACAGGUAAAUUCCUGACAAAUGCAGAUAUAUUUCAUUUUGGAAAUCAGUGUGCUGUACUGGCAUUCAACUUUCACUAGGUAGAUGUGGAUUCAAACCCUUGCUCAGUCCUUAUGCCACACUGCUUAUACCAGUUCCCUUUCUUUUAAAAAUGUCAGAAUGCUGGAAUAGGAUAUCUCUUGUCACCGUAGAUCGGAUCACACUUGUUUUAAAACUGAGGCACUCAAAGGGGUUCCGCCAAGGUGGUGCUCUGGUUAGAGUAUGUCAGGCUAGGGCUUGGGAGACGAAGGUUCAAAUCCCCCACUCAGCCAUGAAACUCACUUGGGUGACCUUGGGAAAGCCACUGCCUCUCGCCUUAAACUACCUCACAGGGUUGUUGUGGAGACUGAAUGGAGAGGGGGAGAACUUUGUAUGCCACCUUGAGGUCCUUGGAGGAAAAGGUGGGAUAUAAAUGCAAUAAGUAAGGAAAUAAACAUUCGCUGCCUGAAUAAAUGGUUACUGAGUAGGUUAGGAUACCAGAGAGACUCUGGGUCUGUGGAUCUGCAUCCACAUGAGAGCAUGGGUAUAAUGCAGGGGUGGAGAACCUGUGGGGCCUUGGACUACAACUCCCAUCAUCCCUAGCGACAUGGCCAGGGAUGAUGGGAGUUGUAGUCCAACAACAUCUGGAGGGCCAAAUGUCCCCUGCCUUUCCCUGAUUUGGGAAAUGGUAGCGGGUACAGGGGUUGAUAAUGGUUAUAUGGUUAGAGUGUCAGGCUAGGACCAGGGAGACCCAGGUUCAAAUUCAGCCAUGAAUUUGUGGCUUGGUUGGACCGACCUCGCAGGGUUGUUUUGAAGAUUAAAGGGGAGGAGAGGCAUGCAUGCCACCUCAAGCUGCUUGGAGGACGGGCUGAGUAAAAGUGUAACACAUAAAUAAAAAUACACGCAGAUUGUUCGAGAGUUAAAAUAACCUCACCCCAAUGCAACGUCUCUUCUCAAAGCAAAAUAAGGAUGUUUGGAGCCUGUGCAGCUAGGCAGUGUAACACCAGCCACUCUGACUGGUGGGCAGUAAAAGCCCUACAGAUUGGCCAGAUCUGAGAAAAAUACUGGGAACCUCAGCCUGGUCUUCGAUCCUUAGCCCCAUCUACACAUAAAUUUAAAGCAGUAUCAAAGCACUAUAAGCUGCCAUGACUUCCCCCAAAGGAUCCUGGGAGCUGUAGUUUGCUAAGGCUGCUGAAAGUUGAUAGGAGACCCCAAUUCCUCCCACAGAGCUACAAUUCACCGAGUUCUUUGGGAAGAGGGCUUGACUGUUUCGCAUCACAGAACUACAAUUCCCAGAGUGGUUCAUCUGCCUGCCCUUGUGAAAUAUAAUAAAUCUGUCUUUAAUGCUCCCUCAGUAAUUUGGCAGGGCUCUUUUGCAACCUGCACCUAAGAGCAACACUGGGUGUUACGGGACGCAGUUGGAAUUAGGCGCCUGAGAGGGAGUGUCCAAUUUGGUGCAGUCGUGUGUGUUUGUGUGUUUGUGUUGGAUGGAUUUGGUGCUAAUCAAAUAGGCUUGUUGCUUGGUUGGUAGAGUUGUGGUUUCAGUCCUGACAAAGUAGAAUUGUAGUACUUUAGACUCCAUUUUAGAACAAUAUCCUAAAUAUACACACAUACACACUGACACAACAAACACAGCUUGUUAUGGGUGCCCCAUAAUAUUCCACAAUUAUAAUAAAUCAACCUUCUCAUGUUUAAUGGCUAUACUUUGGAACUCCCUGCCUAUUGACAGCAGGCAGGCACCAGCGCUGAACUCCUUUUAGCUCCCACUUCAAAUGGUUUUGCUUAGGCAAUCCUUUUCAGACCUAUAGAAGUUGCGUGUGUUCUCUUGCCUUCUAGCUAGUGCUGAUUUUAAUCUUUUAAAUACUUUAAUACCUGUUGUUAACUGUUUCUUAACAGAUGAUUUCAACGACUGAAUAUUGUUGAGAACCGCUUAGAGGGGUUUUUCCUUGCAGUAUAUACAUUUUAUUAAAUGAAAUUUUAAAAAUUGUUAAUAUCUUAUCUCCAGGUAGAAAAUUAGUGCAUCAGGGAUGCAGCUCAGUCUUAUUGCUGUACUAGCUUACUACCCACAGGGAGGUUUUUCAGUUAUUAUUAUUAUUUAUUUAGUGAGAGGGAACAUUUAAAAAGGAAUCCAUCCACCUGCAAUCCAAAGUUGAACUGUUCAUCUGUCCGGAGUCCAACCAGCGAUAUGCUGCUGGGCUCCAGCUGCCAUCAACACCUGGCUAUCUUGGCCAAUACUCAGGAAUUAUGGGAGUUGUAGUCAAACAUGCAUCUGGUACCAAUCCCUGACAGCAGAGGAGGUUGUCCCUGUUGGCAGGUUUGUAUUGCUAAUCAGCUGUUGGGAAAAGCCAAACACACCUUUGUGUUCUCAGGAGGUUACCUGGAGUCAUCGCUUUUCUGGGGGCGGACUUGUGACAUGGGACAAAGGGCAGGUCCCAUUUUUGGAAGUAGGGCAGAGUGUGUCUGGGGAGGCUGCCUCUGGCAGGACGGUGUGUUUGGGUGCUGCUGCUGCUGCUGUCUGUGCCUAAGUUCAUGUUUGCGUUCUUAUUUUCCCCAUCCCCUUUAGACAGAUAAUUCCUCUCGUUCCUUUCCACACACACCCCAGUUUAACUUCUUUUAUGCAUCUCCUUUGCCCAUCCUAAACAUCACAAAAGGUCCAUUGCAAUAAAUAAAUUGUGGAUUCCCAGCCUUUCAGUCUGUUCAAACUCUCUUCUUCCCACGCGUUAGUAAAAUACAGGUCCUUCUGUCUCUGGACCUUGCUUUGCUCAGUUUUCUUUGGUCAGUUUUAACUCGUCUAUGAUUGAACCUUCUCCCUAAAUUUCCUGUACCAGCAGAAAGAGUUGGACGAGAUGAUUUUGGAGGACUAUUCCAGCUCUUUGAUUCUGGCAGUACUCUUCCUAUAAUGAAAAUGUUGAUCUUCCAUCUUUCCUCCCAAAGGAUCCCAGGGUGGCAAACACAUCUGUAAUAAAAAAUACAGUUAAAAACAAAAUAUUUUCAAGCGGUUAAAAACAUACGAAAACAAGGAAAAACAAUAAACCAUGUAACCUCAAGGACUGCCUCUCCCCAUUUGAAGUGCCCUGGACCCUGUGAUCAUCCUCUGAGGCCCUUCUUUGUAUGCCUUCCCCCACCCAGGUGGCAACUUGAGAACAGGGUCUUUUCUGCGAUGGCUCCCCACUUGUGGAAUGCUCUAGCCAGGGAGACUCACUUGAUGCCUUCAUUAUACAUCUUUAGACACCAGGCGAAAACAUUCCUCUUCAACCAGGCCUUGGGCUGAUUAACAUUCAAUGUCCUUUUAAAUGUGCUUUUUAAUGUAUUUUUUGUUUUUAUUUUGUAUUUUUAUGCUGUGGACUGCCCCAAGAUCUUCAGAUAUACAAAUUUAAUAAACAACAACAACCAACCUUGUGUCUAUAUAGGCAAAGAAAGAAUACAGUGAUAGCAUCUGCCCAGUGUCAAUUGGCAGGGAGUUCCAAAGUACAGACGCUGCAACGCCAAAGGCAGAAUAGACAUUUCUUGGCUCUUCUAGGAAAUUGAAAUCAUCUAAUUGGCCUAUGUUGGAUAAGCUGAUCCUUUGGGGCUGGUGAGCAGAGAGAUGACGUGCUGGUGCUAGUGGGAUUGAUCAAUGUUUGCAACAUCCUUGAAGAGGUAGAAUUAUAUUCCCCGGAUUAUAUUAGAACCUGGGGCUGUUUGGAAAUUGAACGGUCACAGAGGAAAGCAAGGGAAGUAUUCCUUCAUACAACACGUGAUGAAGGGAAAUAAUGACUGCAUGAUUUCGGCCAUGAAAAUUGUUGUCAAGAGUUAAGUCAUGGAUGCUUUAGUUGAGAUUCCUGCAUUGCAGAGGGUUGGACUAGAUGACCCCUGAUGGCAGAGGCCACAUUUGUUUGGCAGCCUAUUGCCCAAAUUUAGGUCCGUAACAGUAAAAAUGGUUCCUUCUUUUAUUGCAGUACUUGGUGUAACUAUGGCUCAGUUUGCUUGAGGUUUGCUGGGAUUGCCAGCUUUUUUUAACCACCCCAGCUCCUGCGCAGCUUAAUCUGCAGAGGCUGGCUCAAAGUCGUGGGAGAAGGAAAGCUUCUUCCACUGGUUUUCUUCGUAAGACACUGUGGACACAGGAAUGAGCCAGAGUGGGUGUCUUUGUGGCCGUUUCACAACCUUAUGCAAGGCAGAUGGAAGGGCUUUGUACAAAGUUUUGUUGUUGUACACCGAGCUGUUAAAAGCACAAGAGCAAGCCAGGAAUUGGAUUAAAGGCCCCUUCCGCACCAUACAUUUGAAGCGCUAUUAUGCCCCUUUAAACAGUCAUGGCUUCCCCCAAAGAAUCAUGGGAAAUGUAGUUUGUUAAAGAUGAUGGGAGUUGUUAGGAGGCCCCUUAUUCCUUUACCAGAGCUACAAUUCCCAGAGUUCCAUCUGAAGACAGCACAAUGGGGUCAGUGUGACUUGCUGUUAAGCAGAAGGUUGGUGGUUCGAGCCCACCCAGGGGAAGAGCUGUGGGCAGGAUUCUUGCAUUGCCGGGGUUGGACUAAAUGACCCUCGGGGUCCCUUCCAACUUUAUAAUUUUAUGACUCAGGGAAUCAAGGCCAGGUCAAUAUAUUUUUACACCCAAGGCAGACCCCAAAAUGGUGUUUUGCCGGAAAAGAAGGGAUGAGUUAAGAUCUACAUCAGGAACAAGGGAGAGGGGGACGGAAUAAAGAUCUACAUUGGGAUCUGUUGCCGCUGAGGAUCCAUUUACCUCCCCUUGCCUCAUGGAUGGGCUGUCCCUUCUGGGAACUGUAGCUCUGUGAGGGGAAUAGCAGCCUCCUAACAAAGCUCGGUGGGACGCGGGUGGCGUGGCCCUGUGGUCUAAACCACAGAGCCUAGUGCUUGCCGAUCAGAAGGUCGGCGGUUCGAAACCCCGCGACAGGGUGAGCUCCCGUUGCUCUGUCCCAGCUCCUGCCAACCUAGCAGUUCGAAAGCACACCAGUGCAAGUAGAUACAUAGGUACUGCUCCAGCAGGAAGUCUAAACGGCGUUUCCGUGCGCUGCUCUGGUUUCUCCAGAAGCGGCUUAGUCAUGCUGGCCACAUGAGCCGGAAGCUGUACGCCGGCUCCCUCGGCCAAUAAAGUGAGAUGAGCGCCGCAACCCCAGAGUCGGCCACAACUGGACCUAAUGGUCAGGGGUCCCUUUACCUUUACCUUUAAACGCUUGGCACCCUUAACAAACUACAGCUCCCAGGAUCCUCUGGGGGGAAGUCAGGACUGUUCAAAGUGCUAUGACAAUGCUUGAAAUAUAUGACGUGGAUGUGGCCUGAGUGUGUGUCUGCGCCCAUAGCUCAGUCGGUUCAGCGUGGGACUUUUUAAUCUCAGGGUCCAGGGUUCGAGUUCCACGUUGGGGAAAAGAUUCCUGCAUUGCAGGGGGUUGGACUAUGGUAGAUGACCCUGGGGUGGGGGGGUGUCCCUUCCAACUCUUACGAUUCCUCUUGAAAAGCUUCCGGCUCCAGCGUGUGCAGCUGACCUAGAGUAACCCCCCCUCGGCCGGCAGGGAAAGUGUUAAUCUGCCAUGCCCGGCAGUAACCCCGGGUGCCAUUCACCUUGGAGUCUGCAGCAAGGCUGAAAGACCCAGCGCCAGGGUGGUUGGCAGCCGGGCCGGCCCUGAUUGGCCAAGCAGGAUCACCUCAUGCUAAAUCCGUGAUUCACAAUUCCACCCUCUCAUUCCAGCCGGGGAGUGGGGGAGGAGGGAAGAGGAGGAGGAGGAGGGGCGGGGGAAGAGGCUGGCCAGAAAAGAGGAGGGAGGAGGGAAGAGAGAGAGUUGGUUUUAAAAAAAUAGAAAAAUAGCUAGCAGUUCCCAGAGUUGUACUUUUUGCACAGCGAGGCUGCCAGACCAGGGCACUGUCUGUACGUCCCCCGUCCCCCCAAGGUGUGGAAGAAGGGUCAGGGGAGGGCUGCCUUUGGACCAGCCAGGAAGGAUGGAUUGCACUUUAGAAGGUACAACUUUCGCUAGGAUCCUUUCCACUCUCCCUCCGCAGUAGAGAACAACUCUGGAUUUCAGGUGGAGGGGGCAUAGCUGUCAACUUUUCCCUUUUCUUGCGAGGAAUCCUAUUCGGAAUAAGGGAAUUUCCCUUAAAUAAAGGGAAAAGUUGACAGCUAUGGGAGGGGGCAGGGUGGGUGGGUGGUAUAGCAAGGGCAGGUGAAGGAGUUGCAUCUGAAUUAGGAACUUUCCAGAUUUGGUUACAGGUUGGUCUGCCGUAGUCGAAACAAAAAAGAAAUAAAUUCCUUCCAGUGGUACCUUAGAGAUCAACUAAGUUUCUUAUUGGUAUGAGCUUUUGUGUGCAUGCACACUGAGGGUACAGAUGCCAAAUGAGGCGAAGGCGUUUCCUUUUCGCCCUUCAAAGUUGUCAUGGUUUUUGGAAACUUACCUCCCCGUUUAACCCCUGAGAGUGAAUGAAAACACAGUUUUUAAAAAAAUGUUUUAAUGAAACAAUUGUUUCCAUGCAAUUUCCUGCAAUUGUUUGCAGGCUGGGCUAUAAUAUUUUUUUAAAAAAACAAACAAAACUGCAGGCUUUUUGCUAAAUUUUAAUCUGCUUUAGUGUUUUAACUUUUCGUAUGUUUUAAAGUUGUGAUUUCCCCUUGGCUUUCUUGUUUCUAUCAUUUUGUAAACUGCUUUCAGGUUUUUCAGCAGUGCAUCGAUUUUAUGAAAUAAAUAAGAAAUAAAACUUGCUUCUGCUUUUCGGAAGGGUGGAGAGCAGUACCAACCCUCUAAUCUGAAGAUGGGAUGAGGCUCUGUCACUCUGAUAGCACCCGUGUGGGCUGGCAUUCCAAUAAGUAUCAGAAGUUUGCCUGAAGGGGUUUAAUUUACACAGGGCUUUGUGGAGCAUGUGCCUUAGUUUAGUGCUAGGUAGAUUUGGAUAACCGAGCUUUGCAAAAUGGACUAUUCUGUUGCACAUAAUUCUUCAGCCCUAGGAUGGAUGCCCGGAUCUGCAGAAUGCUUAAUUCUCAUCCUGCAUCUUUGCAGAACCUUCCUGGAUUUUUAUUUUCGAGCAGCAAUGAGCUGAGUUUGGGUCCAUCCACACUUUCACUUGACCCGUGUUUCAAUUGUAUACCAGUCAAUUCCCCUGGGUCUGAGAGCUUUCCUUGUUGUUCUGCGGCUUUUCCUUGCCUAAACCCAAUUUUACCCGCUUAAUUGAAGCUUGGUUAAGCAACACCUUGCUGUGGAUUUUCCGAUUUAGCAAGGUAAGAUCAGGGUUUUUUUGCAAAGCACAGCCGCUGAGCAAUGAGAAAAGCUCCUGGUCCCAAGGGAAUUACUCGAUACGCAAUGCAUUCAACAUAUCGGUCAAGCAAAAGAAGUAUGGACGAGCCCUUUUGGGUGGUUCUGCUGGAAACUGCAGGUUGAGGUUUGCUGAAGUUCCUGAAAUUAAAUUUCCAGAGCAGUGCAUUGAAGACAUGUUAACACGAGCACAGUUUCCUGAGGGCUGCCUUGUGUUGUGAGUUACUUUCAUCAAGGUGUUGUGUGUGGCAUAAAAAGCCGCAUUAUACCAGGCCAGGCUAUUUGUCAACUCUGAUGGGUUGCUCAAUAAAGAUGUCGACCCAGUGUGCAGCAGCAGCUGUGAAAAAAAGGCAAAUUCCAUGCUAGGGAUCAUUAGGAAAGGAGUUUAAAACAAAACCACCAAUAUUGUACAAAUCUAUAACAUGACAGCAUUUGGAAUAUUGUGGGCAGUUCUGAUCGCCUCACCUCAAAUGGGAUAUUGUGGAGCUGGAAAAGGUUCAGAAAAGUGCAAGCAAGAUGGUCAAGGGAGUGGAGCAACUCUGCUAUGAAGGGAAAAAAUGCAGCGUUUGGAGUUUUUUAGUUUAGAUAAAAGAUGCCUAAGAAGUAAUGUGAUAGUUUGUGAAAUUAUACAUGGCACAGGUUUUUUUCUUUCCACACAGUGCAUAGUUAACCUGUGGAACUGCUUGCCACAGGAGGCAGUAGAGGCCACACAGCUUGGAUGGCUUGCAAAGAGGAUUAGACAAAAUUCAUGAGGGAGAAUAAGACUUUUGAUGGCUCCAACCAUAAUGGUUAUGCUCUUCAACAAUGCUUCUGAAGGCCAGUUGCUGGAAACCUCCGGGUGGGGUGGGGGAGAGGACUCUUGUGGCUGAAUCCUGCAUUCAGCUUUCCCUUGGGGGCAUGUAGUCGGCCACAGUGAGGUCAGGAUGCUGGAACUAGUUGGACCAUCGGCCUGAUCCAGUAGCCAUCUGUUCUGUUCUGCCCCAAUGGGUACUUUACUGCAAUGCCAAAAGGCUCCCCACCCCCACCUGACAUUCCAAAUACAGUGGUACCUCAGGUUACAGAUGCUUCAGGUUACAGAUGCUUCAGGUUACAGACUCCGCUAACUCAGAAAUAGUACCUCGGUUUAAGAACUUUGCUUCAGGAUGAGAACAGGAAUUGUGCUCUGGCGGCACGGCAGCAGCUGGAGGCCCCAUUAGCCAAAGUGGUGCCUCAGGUUAAGAACAGCUUCAGGUUAAGAACGGACCUCCAGAACGAAUUAAGUUCUUAACCCGAGGUACCACUGUAUAGCCCCUUUCGCGUAGUCUGCAAUCCCGUUCUGGCUUGACCCAGACCUGCUUGGCUUAAACAGGGCUGCCUUAUCACAAACUUCCUAUGCUGCUGGGCAUGCGAGAUGCAAAUAGCUAUUGGUGCAGGAUACUGAUCUUGAGGGACGUGGGUGGCACUGUGGGUUAAACCACAGAGCCUAGGGCUUGCUGAUCAGAAGGUUGGCGGUUCAAAUCCCUACGAUGGGGUGAGCUCCCAUUGCUCGGUCCCUGCUCCUGCCCACCUAGCAGUUCAAAAGCACGUCAAAGUACAAGUAGAUCAAUAGGUACCGCUCCAGCGGAAAGGUAAACGGUGUUUCCGUGCGCUGCUCUGGUUCGCCAGAAGGGGCUUAGUCAUGCCGGCCACAUGACCCAGAAGCUGUCUGCGGACAAACGCCGGCUCCCUCGGCCUAUAGAGCGAGAUGAGUGCGAAACCCCAGAGUCGUCCGCGACUGGACUUAACGGUUAGGGGUCCCUUUACCUUUACUGAUCUUGAAGGUGGAGUAGUUGGUGAUGUGACCAAAGGUUGGCAGAGUUGUGCUGCGGCUGCAUUGCUGGAGGUUGGCACAGGUGGUGGUUGGCCACAGGAGGUCUUAACUCCAUAGCUGUGAUGGCUGAGAGAACGGAUCCAGGCACUCCUGAGAGACCCACAAUCUUGGGGAUGAUCCUGCCAAGCCUUGGCUUACACAGUGAGCUUCAGCCCAGACGGGCAUCUGUUUGCCAUGUGAUCUGCUGAAUGGGAGUUGUGAAACUGGGUAACAGCCCAGGAGGCAGACAUCUUAGAAAGAGGUGGCAAAGUUCUCUUUUGUGUCUGAAUAUAAAGAGUACCUGUCACAUAGCCAAGGAGCUUUCUGAAUUCUAUUUGAAGGGGUAUCAUACUGGUGAGAGCUGGGAGGGUCCAAUCCCUUUUGUGUGAGACAAGGGUUAAGCCCUACCUCUGAUAGAAAAUCACAAUUUUCUCUCCCUCUCUUUCCUCUUUCUCAAUUUGUUUUCUUUGUUUCUUCUUUUCCAUUUCCUCUUUAUUUAAAUUACCGAAUUUUUCGCUCUAUAACACGCACCCGACCAUAACACGCACGUAGUUUUUAGAGGAGGAAAAUCCGUAGGCAUGCCACCCGUAGGCAUUCCCUCCAUAACACGCACAGACAUUUCCCCUUAUUUUCUAGGAGGAAAAAAGUGAGUGUUAUGGUGCAAAAAAUACGGUAGUUUUUUUAUUGUACUGUAUGUGGAAAAGUAUCAAUAAUUGUUUAAUUUUUUUAUUUUUUAAAAAAGAGGGGUAUCACUAUGCUAUAAAUGUACGGUGCAAUUGCAGCCCUGGUCUGGCCUGAGUCCCCAUUUCGCCCCAGUUUGUAAGGAAAUUCUCACAGACCCCUGGCUCCUAAGUACAAAGAAAACCCCGUCUCAAGGCUACCUUCCUUCUGUAUGUUUUGCAGACAUGCUUCAGCUGAUCAACACUGAAGAUGGAGACUUCCCUGGUCUGUUUGAGGCGUCGUUUGGCACAACUGUCACCCCAGAGCCCAAUCCACAUGGGCCCAGUUUGUUCAGCGGCUACCUGGAGGCCGCUAACUCACCUUCCUCCAGCUUGUUCCAGGUCCCAGCUCCACCCCCACCAAGCUUCCAACCAGUGUCGGCAGCAAACUCGAACACGAAGCCCACUCCGAUGGACAUAAAGGAGGAGCCUGUCCCUUCGACGGCCACCCAGCCUGCAUCUCGGCUCCCGCCAACCAGGAUGGCGGCUCAGAGUUUUGUCCCGGCACCCCAGACCCAAUUCUCAGCGCAACCUAUGGUGGGAUUCCUGAAUCAGAGCAGUGUUUCCGGUGAGGAGGGUGGCCCCCAGGCUUAACUGAUUUCAAAAAUUAAACUAUUAAUUUUUGGGGGGUAUUGUUUCUAUUUGUUGUUUUGGAGUGUGUGCCCUUUGAGGGUUGGAUUUCUUGAUUUUAGUUAUGCACAGAGCCAGGCAGAUUGAUGGCGCUAUAUAAAUAAAUGUUAAUAGUAAUAAUACAAUAAGAGGGGGCUGGGCUUGCCAACUGACCAAAAAGCAGCAGCUGGGUGUGCUCCUGUGCCCUUAAUAGCUGCCACAUCUUCAGGAACUAGCAGGCAAAGUUUUUCACACUGAGGAGUCAUGUGUCUUUCCCUGCUCGUAUUGACCUGCCAGGCAGCUGUUAAAGGCACAGCUACAGGGGCCUGCUGAAAAGUUGGUGGCCCUAGAGGAGAUUUGAUGCUGCAGAGCUCCUUAGAAGUCAACGGAUGACAGUUCCCCUACUUCUUAAAUGCACAAGGGCUUGUAAUCAGCCCCAUAUAUAAAUUAAGGAUUAAGGAUUAGGAAACUGUGGCAUAAAGAUUUCAGAAGUAGAAUUAUUUGGAGGGGGAGGCAAAACAGCCAAAAGAGACUGAUCCAUUUGUUGGAGAACAGACAGAAAAUCGUAAGUGGUUGGGUGGGGAGCAGAGUGGCUGGAACCGUCAACAGGAUCACUCAAGACUGCACCAUUUUGUUGCAGUUGCCAGUGAUAAACAGAGCAUGAAUCUGAUCCGGAGGACAGAAAGGAAUCUCAGAGGGCAUCAGAAUCUACUUUGGGAACCAAAAUGGGUGAAGGCAUUCAACGCCGGGGGUUUCAAAUGGGCAGAUGAUUUCUGUCUCUGUUCAUGGCCACUGGUCAUGAUAAUUGCACGAAACCUCCCUGUUCAGUGGUGGUCUACCUGUGAAUAACACUUGCCAGGGAGCAACAGCAGGAGAGGGCUAUUGCUGCCACACCCUCCUUGGGGGUCUUCCUGGAAGCAUUUCACAGGCUGGUGGGAGAAACGGAGGAUGCCGAGUUUCAUAUUCCUUCGUUCUGCUUCAGCAGGGCUGCUCUGCUGUGGUACAGUGGUUAGAGUGUCAGAUUAGGAGACCAGGGUUCAAAUUGCCACUGGGCCAUGGAGCUCUCACUGGGUGAUGUUGGGGGCCGGUCCUUUGCUUGCAACAACAGGGUUGUUGCGGGGAUUAAAUGAAGGGGAGGACUUUGAGCUGCUUGGAGAAGUGGAUGGACUAUGGAUGCAUGUUAGAAAUAAAUACGUUUCUCUCUCAGCUCCCCAGCCAGGAGGGCAUUCUCAGCCCCCUCCAAACACCCAAGCCUCGUCGCAGCAGAACCAGCCAGUGGCAAUGCAAACCCAACUCCAGAACAUCGCUCCCCAACAGAUUCUGACUCCCCACAGUGGAUCCCAAGUCGUCCAGCGCCAGAUUCAGCAAGUGCCGGUGAGCAGAGGCUGCGGGGCCCCCGGAUCUGUUAGUCCUCUCGUGGUGUAGUGGUUAAGAGCGGUAGACUCGUAAUCUGGUGAACUGGGUUUGAUUCCCCGCUCCUCCUCAUGCAGCUGCUGGGUGACCUUGGGCUAGUCACACUUCUUUGAAGUCUCUCAGCCCCACUCACCUCACAGAGUGUUUGUUGUGGGGGAGGAAAGGAAAGGAGAAUGUUAGCUGCUUUGAGACUCCUUUGGGUAGUGAUAAAGCGGGAUAUCAAAUCCAAACUCCUCUUCUUCUUCUUCGCGCUGACCCCUCCUCUCUUCCCGCAGGUCCUUCUGCAGCCUCACUUCAUCAAGGCCGACUCUCUGCUUCUGACAACCGUCUCGGGAGCCCAGACCUCUGGCAUCACCACUCUGGGGACCACGACGGCCGUCCAGUCGACAUCACUACAGAUGCCGGUACAGUCAUACUUUAGGUUAAAGUUGCUUCAGGUUGAGUGUUUUUGGGUUGCGCUCUGCGGCGACCUGGAAGUAACGGAACACAUUACUUCCGGGUUUCGCUGCUCGCGCAUGCGCGGAUGCUCAAAAUGACGUCAUGCGCAUGCGGCGAAUUGCGACCUGUGCACGUGCAGAUGCGCCGACGUAGGUUGCAUUCCGCUCUGGAUGCGAACAGGGCUCCGAUACGGAUCCCGUUCGCAUCCAGAGGUACCACUGUAAUUACCGUAUUUUUCGCUCUAUAAGACGCACCAGACCACAAGACGCACCUAGUUUUUGGAGGAGGAAAACAAGAAAUAAAAUAUUCUGAAUCUCAGAAGCCAGAACACCAAGAGGGAUCGCUGUGCAGCGAAAGCAGUGAUCCCUCUUGCUGUUCUGGCUUCUGGGAUAGCUGCGCAGCCUGCAUUCGCUUCAUAAGACGCACACACAUUUCCCCUUACUUUUUAGGAGGGAAAAAGCGAGUCUUAUAGAGCAAAAAAUACGGUAGUUAAUGAAUUUUUCCGUCCCGUAAUAUGUGUGCACUGCUUGAUGGUAAACAACAACAACCACCUCAACACGGUUUACAAAAAGAUAAAACUAUAAAAUCGAGGGUUGCCCCAAAUUGGGCAGUCCAGCUGUUUUUGGACUACAGUUCCCAUCAUUCUUGACCACGGGGUCCUGCUACCUAGGGGUGAUGGGAGUUGUAGUCCAAAAGCAGCUGGGGACUCAAGUUUGGGAAACCCUGGGCUUAAACGACCCACAGGGGUCUUUUAACUCUACAAUUUUUUGAUUCUAUGAUUUACAGUACAGUCGUACCUUGGAAGUUGAACGGAAUCCGUUUCGGAAGUCUGUUUGACUUCCAGAACGUUCGGAAACCAAAGCGCGGCUUCUGAUUGGCUGCAGGAAGCUCCUGCAACCAAUCAGAAGCCGCAGAAGCCUUGCUGGACAUUUGGCUUCCAAAAAUCGUUUGAGAACCGGAACACUCACUUCCAGGUUUUGAUCGUUCGGGAGCCGAUUUGUUCAGGAGCCAAGGCAUUCAGGAUCCAAGGCACGACUGUACUAAAAUAGUGAAAUGGAUUAAAAUUGCCUCGGCUUUUUAAGCAUCUGUGCAGGCUUGUCUUGAUGAAAACGGUUUCUAACAGGUGCUGAAAAGUGUACAGUGGAGGCGCCUGUUUGAUCUCAAGAGGCAGGGAGUUCUGCGGUGCAGUUGCUCCUGCAAGCCGUGAGCCUUCUGUAUCUUUUCGUUUUCGUUUUAAGGAAAUUUAAUUUAUUUGUGUGGGUUUUUUUUAAAAUAAAAUACUUUUAAAGUUUUUUUGAAAUUUCUGAAACCUGUUGCGGCAGCUAGACUGGUGACUGGGAGUGGCUGCCGAGACCACAUAACACCAGUCCCGAAAGACCUGCAUUGGCUCCCAGUAUGUUUCCAAGCACAAUUCAAAGUGUUGGUGCUGACCUUGAAAGCCCUAAACGGCCUUGGCCCAGAAUACCUGAAGGAGCGUCUCCACUCACAUUGUUCAGCCCGGACACUGAGGUCCAGCUCCAAGGGCCUUCUGGCGGUUCCCUCACUGUGAGAAGUAAGGUUAAAGGAAACCAGGCACAGACCUUCUCGGUAGUGGCACCUGCCCUGUGGAACGCCCUGCCAUCAGAUGUCAAGGAAAUAAGCAACUAUCUGACUUUUAGGAGACAUCUGAAGGCAGCCCUGUUUAGGGAAGUUUUAAAUGUUUGAUGAAUUCUUGUAUCUUAGUGUUUUGCUGGAAGCCGCCCCGAGUCAGAGUGACUGGGGAAACCAAGCCAGAUGGGCGGGGUAUAAAUUAUUAUUAUUAUUACAGUAAUAACAAUGUGUUAUUGGGGGGAGUGGCUUUGCCUGCUUCAAGGAAAGGAAUGACUGCUCCUCCUCCCUCCUCCUCCCUUGCAGACACUGAUGAGUGGGGGCACCAUCCUGGCGACGGUUCCUCUGAUGAUGGAUACAGACAAGCUGCCCAUCAACCGCCUGACUGCCGGGAAGCCGCUGGGAAGCCACGGCAAAGGGGAGAAGCGCACAGCCCACAACGCCAUCGAGAAACGGUAUCGCUCCUCCAUCAACGACAAGAUCUCCGAGCUCAAGGACCUGGUGGUGGGGUCAGAAGCCAAGGUACGCCUGCAGGGGACAUUUAUUUUGGGUGCGCAGCUGUCCCCUGGUUGAGGAGGUCUCUUCCUAGAGAAGCCCGUCGGGCACCUAUAUUUGUGGCUUUGGUUUGGCACCGUUUGGGCAAAUGUGCUUAGAAAUAAUUCUCUCAGGCUUUCUAUUUAUUUCAUAAAAUAUAUUAUUAUUAUUAUUAUUAUUGUUGUUGUUGUUGUUGUUGUUGUUGUUGUUGUUGUUAUUAUUAUUUAUUAUUAGAUUUGUAUACAACCCUUCAUCCAAAGAUCACAAGGUAGUUCACAACCUAUACCGCUUGACUGUAAGAAAAAUAAUAAAUCUCCAAGUGGGUUGCAAAAGUUAUGAAGUUAAGAAACGGCUAUUUACAACAUUAAAAAAAAUUUGAUGAUGAGCUAAAGACAAAUUAAAACGCAUGCCAUCAUCGUACUUAGCUGGGUGAGCUUGGUUAAACAAGCCUUCUUUUAGCAAGUGGUUUUAACAUCUUUGAAAGGUUUUGUUUUAAUCUCUUUGAAAUAUAAAUAUUAGUAUUGUUAGCCUUUACCUUUGCUAGUGGGGGGUUAGUUUUAGGCUUUGUGAAGCUGCCUUAACCCCCUCUUUCUGAAUUUGGUUAUGGUUCUUCCAUUGGCACUUUCACAGGUGCCCAUAAUACCUGUAACCGCACCUGUAAGAACUUACUCGUUUUAAUGUGCCGACACCGACACUUUGGAACUCUCUGCCUGUUGAUAUCAGGCAGGCAACUUCCCUGUAUUAUUUUUGUCGCCUGUUGAGGACAUUCUUAUUUAGACAAGCCUACCCAGAUGUCUAGAAAGUUUGUAGGAGAUCUAAAUUGUUUUCGUGUACUCUAUGCUAUUGCAGUUUUAACCUUCUGUAUGUUUUAAAAUUUGGUGGUCAUUUUUUAGCGGUAAUUUUUUGGCAUCGUAUCUUUAUAAAUCGCUUUGAGGUUUUCUGCAAUCAAGUGGUAUAUUAACUAUAGGAAAUAAAUAAACAAAUGGCCAUAUAUUGAGUCAGUCCAUACAGUCCAUCUAGUUCAGUAUUGUCUGCUCUGACCGGCAGUGACUCCCCAGAGUUUCUUUCCCAGCCCUUCUUGGAGAUGCUGGGGGAUUGAACCUGGGACCUUCUGGAUGCUAAGCAUGUGUUUUGCCACUGAGCUAUGGUCUCCUGUCUCCAAUAGGGGAGCGGGUGGCGCUGUGGUCUAAACCACUGAGCCUCUUGGGCCUGCCGAUUAGAAGGUUGGCGGUUUGAAUCCCUGUGAUGGGGUGAGCUCCCGUUGCUCUGUCCCAGCUCCUGCCCACCUAGCAGUUCAAAAGCACAAAGUGCAAGUAGAUAAAUAGGUACCGCUCUGGCGGGAAGGUAAACGGCGUUUCUGUGCCCUCUGGUUUCCGUUACGUUGUUCCAUUGCGCCAGAAGCGGUUUAGUCAUGCUGGCCACAUGACCCGGAAAGCUGUCUGUGAACAAACACCAGUUCCCUCAGCCUGAAAAGUGAGAUGAGCACCGCAACCCCAUAGUCGCCUUUGACUGGACUUAACUGUCAGGGGUCCUUUACCGCUAGGUUUUGCUGUCUGUUGGUUCUGGAGCUUAAUUGGGGAGGUUCAGCCAUAUUGGGUGGCAUCAGGGCUGGAUUUACAGUAGGUUUGAUGAGGCCCUAAGCUACUGAAGGUAAUGGGGCCCUUUCUAUGUCCAGCUGUCCUUUGUCAACAACAAAUUGUUUGUUUUUUGUGUUGAAUAUUUGCCCUGUGGUAAUUUAUGGACCUAAUAGGUAUAUAAAGCCAUCUGCACAUGCAGAAUGUAGGCACCCUAUAUAUAGAAAUGAGCAAAACCAGUGAUAUUUUAGGGAACAGGCUAGCAGGCAGGGCCCAUUACUUACAUCAUAGGAACCUACACAACACAAAACACUGUUGCUGUACGUAGGUUUUAUUUUAUUUGUUUUUUAUCUUACAUUUUGGAAAUGUACAUCCAUUUUUUCCCCCUUUAAUUUUUUUGGGGCCCCCAAGAGAGUGGGGCCCUAAGCUAUGGCUCGUUUAGCUUAUACAUAAAUCCGGCACUGAUGAAAAUGUUUGCAGCAGCCAACUUUUCCUGCAUCUGCUAUUUGAUGCCACACCAGGGGAGAGCCUGGCUAACCUCCUUGGCCACAUAAUGCCUCCUUCCAAAUGUGGCAGGGUCUCUUGUCUAGGAAAUUGUGGGAUUCUCAAUCCAACUGGCUGUUUCUGCCCACUCAGCCUGGUCCUCCUUCGCUCGGAUGAUUCCGCUGCCAUUUUGGGCAGCUGUCUCUGAGGCUUUGGCUACCAAAGGGAACGAUUCCUCCUCUAUAGCUCUGGCCGCUGUGGCAAGCGGUUCUCUGGCGUUGCCCCAGGAAAGAGUUUGUGGCUCGGAGAUUCUCCCGCUUGUUGGCCUCGACAGGGCUUGCGCAGGAGAACCUCCCUCCCGGGAAGAGGACAGGUCAAAGAGGAACCCCUCCGAGCCCGUCAUUUCCCUCCGCUCACCCUCUAACCGUGCCAACCUUUCCUGUCCGUUGGCAGCUGAACAAGUCGGCCAUUUUGCGCAAAGCAAUCGACCACAUCCGCUUCCUGAAGCAGGCCAACCAGAAGCUGAAGGCUGAGAACAUGGCCCUCAAAAUGGCGAGCCAGAACAACAGUGAGUUUCGCAGCCUUUGGCCCCUUUUGCAGAUUGGAAACUGCAAAAGUUUGGACUUUUGGAGGGGAGGGAAGGAAAAAAUUGCGAGGGACCCCCAGAACACGUGCUGGAUCCUAUCAAUACAAGGAUCCCAGGUGGUGGUCUCUCAUUCAUUGGUGGUUUUUAAACAGAGGUUGGGUGGCCAUCUGCCAGGGGUUCUUUGCUGUGAUUUGUGCAUUGCAGGGGGUUGGAAUGGAUGACCUUUGGGGAUCCCACCCAGCGCUGCAAUUCCAUGAUUCUGUGACUGUUGCAAGGAGCAAAAGCGUGGUUGCCCUGGGGGGAAACGCAAACAGCUGCCCCUUUCCGAAUCAUUGAUGUUUCUUAGGUGGAAGCAGAACUUAAUAAUAACAAUAUUAUUAUUAUUAUCAUAUAACUAGAUUGCCCCAGCUACUCUGGGCGGCUUCCAGCAAAACAUAAAAACACAAUAAAACAUCAAAAACUUUCCUAAACAAGGCUGCCUUCAGAUGUCCUCUAAAAGUCAGAUAGUUGUUUAUUUCCUUGACAUCUGGUGGCAGGGCAUUCCACAGGGUGGAUGCCACUACUGAGAAGGCCCUGUGCCUGGUUCCCUGUAACCUCACUUCUCGCAGUGAGGGAACCGCCAGAAGGCCCUUGGAGCUGAACUUGCUUUUGGGUGAAGCACAUUUCUCUCUGUGGUGACCAUGGAUUCUCCUUUUGCUCUUUCCGCCUGUCCUGCUUCUGCAGAGUCCCUGAAGGACCUGGUAGCCACAUGUGGUGGCAACACCCAGGACUCGAAGGAAGGGAUCAAGCUAGUGGACACCCUGACGCCACCCCCGUCGGACGCAGGCUCCCCGUUGCGCGGCAGCGGCAGCCCCCUCUCGCUCAGCAGCACCAGUGGGAGCGACUCUGAGCCGGACAGCCCCUUCUACGAGGAGACCAAGGUGUGACCCCGAAUGGGAGCAGGAGGUGGUGGAAGGGGGAAUGCCUGGGAAGAGACCAGGGGGCUGGGGCUUCACCUCAGUGGAACCAUGCAAAAUACCAUAAGUCCAUCUCGAUAUGAGUUCUGUGAAUCAGCUGCAUGCCCUUGAUCUAAGCCAAUAUUGCUUCCUCUGAUUGGUAGCAGCUGUUCCAGGGCUUUUCCCACUUCCGAGUACCUUGAUUUUUGCAAAAUAUUUGCACUAGGGUUGCAAAAUGUUGCAUUAGGGUCUUUGCACAGGAACUAUCGCUGUUCCUGGAAACCCGAGGGGGGAGCCCCUCCAUCAUUUUCUGUGUUCAUGCCCCUCUUUCAUUCACUGCCUCUUUCCAUAAAGAGAACAAAAUGAAGAAUUGGUUGCAGGUUUGAUCACUGUAUGGGACAGCUGCAUAUUCCUGCAUUGCAAUGUGUUGGACUACGUGAUCCUCAGGGUUCCUUCCUUUUAUGAUUCUAAGGGGGAGGGAAAUGAUUAAAAUAAAAAAAGAGAUAGCUUCUCUAUCUGACAAUUGUUUGUGUAUCAAAAUUUCAAAAUAUUUAUCAUAUACACUCCAAAAAUAUCUAGCUCUAAAAGCAGCUGGAAUCCCCCUGGCUGAGAAGGGGGCAACUUGGUCCUCCCUCCACGCUGCCCCCAAACUCAUCUGCUGUUGUCUGUGGCUGUUUCAGGUGAAGCAAGAGCAUCAGGCGCUCUCGCCAGGCAGCCUGGGGAUGCUGGAUCGCUCGCGCAUGGCCCUGUGCGCCUUCGUCUUCCUCUGCCUCUCCUUCAACCCCCUCUCCUCCCUCUUGGCGGGAUCUCACUCGGCCAGCCCUUCGGAUAUUGAUGGCUCCAGCCACUCCGGGCGCACCAUUAAGAGCCAGAACGAGGUCGCAGGUGAGUGUGCGGCAGGGUCUUCGCCGGGGGUGAGAACCCGCAGGCCUGUGGGGCUUCUCUAUACAUCCUGCAGUCUCCUUUCCCCUACAGCGCCAUAUUUAGGCUUCCAAAUCAGCCCUGUUGGAGCAAGCGCUCUCUGUUUGAUGCGUGGAUGUGGAGACCAAGUGUCCCUAUUUUCCAGGAACAGUCUUUGGCUUUACAGAAGCCGUCCCGGUUUCUGAUUUGAUCCCAGAAUGUCCCACUUUUCCUUAGGAUGUCCCUAUUUUCAUGGGAGAAAUGUUGGAGGGGACGCCUCUAUUUUCUCCGGAGAAGCGUUGGAGAGUAUGAACUUUAGUGUGUGUGUUUGGCCACAUUCACAGGAAAUGCUUGGAGCGCUGCGAUACCACUUCAAACAGCUAUGGCUCCGCCCAAGGAAUUUUGGGAGCUGUAGUUUGUUGAAGGUGCUGAGAGUUGUUAGGGAGCCCCUAUUCCCCUCACAGAGCUACAAUUCCUAGAGUUCUCUGUUGUGAGGAAGAGAGACGGAUUCUUAAACCGCAGUGCCUCGUGUCUUCAUCCACAGACACCCCUAUCGCCUGGUUCCAGUGGCUUCUCCCCACUUUGGUCUUCUGGCUGAUCAACAUGCUGGUUGUUUUGGGAACCUUUGUCCGGCUCUUCAUUUACGGUGAGCCCGUCACACGCCCUCAUUCAGAGGCUUCCAUCCUUUUCUGGAGGCACCGCAAGCAGGCAGACCUCGACUUGGCACGGGUGAGUGUGUGCAUCUGUGAUUUUCAGCGAUUUUCAUGGUUUUUAGCUUCCUGCGUUGUCUUGUCUAGCAAAGGUCCUGUGACGGAACUUCCAUGGGAGGCCCAUUCUGUAAAGAAGUGUUGGUUGUGGUAGGGUUGUGGCACUGGGGACACAGGUUCACGUAAUCUGGGGCAUUGGCCAGACUUGCUGUUGGCUCUUGUUCAGCUUAGUUUCCUUAGGUCACAGGUUUCCCAAACUUGGGUCUCCUGCUGUGGUUGGACUACAAUUCCCAUCAUCCCAGACCACGGGUCCUGCUUGCUAAGGAUGAUGGGAGUUGGAGCCUAGGUUCGGGAAACCCUGCUUUAGGUCAUAGGUCUUGAAGUGGUGGGUCGCGAGGCUAUACCAGGCGGAUUGCGGCAAUGUUGUUGCUGCCAUGAUGGGUUGUAGCUAAGGCUGACCAAGUCUGGGUUAGGCUCAGGGCUGGAUUAAGACCUUUAGAGACCCUAAGCACUUAUAUACAUGGGGGCACCAAAAUAUUUUACCUAAUUCAAAAUAUAAACACUAAUAAACAGUAAAAUAAAAUUGUGUUUUUUGAAAUGAAAUGAAACCUACAGUAAGAUGGAAAAUCAUGUUUGUUUUUGUAUACUUCCACUUUAUUUAUCUCCUACUUUUUCUAAUUGCAAAGUCCUCGAUCAGAUCCUCAAAACUAAUCCUAUGUGACACAUCUGCUUCUUAGCAAAGAUGUGCAGACACUUAGCAAAGAUAAGCAAAACCUUCAAGUCCCAAGUUCAGAGGCAGGGCAGGUUCAUACGAAGAUCAGUCCAUUUCAGAGGUGAAUUGGUCCAAAGUUGUUGAUAAGAGAGACAGGCACACCUCAACAGGGAAGGGCAGUCCAUAAACUGGGAGCCACUGCUAAGAAGACCCUGUCUCAGGCAGCACACCAAGUUGCUCACCCUGGGGCCUUCUAGAUGCAAAGCAUCUCCUCCUCCACGUCCUUAUAGCCUCUUUGUGCUCCAUCCUUUACAAGGCUUGUCCAUUCUCUCCCUCAUUUCCUCUUCAGGGAGAUUUUGCUCAGGCCUCCCAGAACUUAUGGACGGCGUUGAAAGCCCUCGGCCGCCCACUCCCGACCUCCAACCUCGACCUGACCUGCAGCCUUUUAUGGAACUUGAUCCGCCACGUCCUUCAGCGGCUCUGGGUGGGGCGUUGGCUAGCGGGAAGGGCUGGCGGCUUCUUCCGCGACCGGGAGCUCAAGGCUGACGUGCAGAAAAGCGCCUGCGACGCGGCCCUGGUGUACCACAAACUGCAUCAGCUGCACAUGACAGGUAGGCUUUGAGCAGAGGUCUUCAACCUUUUUGGGUCCACGGCUCCUUGGUUUAAAGUUCCAGGCAUGGCCAAACCGUUCCCAUCAUCCCAGACCACUGGUCCUGUUAGCUAAGGAUGAUGGGAGUUGAAGUCCCCAAAUAGCUGGAGGGCCAAGUCUGGCCAUGCUUGGUUUAAACCAGGGGUCAGCAACCUUUUUCAGCUGUGGGCCGGUCCACCGUCCCUCAGACCAUGUGGUGGGCUGGACUAUAUUGGGGGGGGGAAUGAAUGACUUCCUAUGCCCCACCAAUAACCCAGAGAUGCAUUUUAAAUAAAAGGACACAUUCUACUCAUGUAAAAACAUGCUGGUUCCCGGACUGUCUGCAGGCCAGAUUGAAAAGGCGACUGGGCCUUAGGUUGCCUACCCCUGGUAAACUAUGAUAUCUUUGACUAAGGGUUUCCCCACCUCCUCUUCCCACAGGGAAGCACGUGGCCGGUCACCUCUCAGCAAUCAAUAUGGCGCUGAGUGCCGUGAACCUGGCCGAGUGCGCAGGCAACACCAUCUCCGUGGCGACGCUGGCUGAGGUCUACGUGGCAGCGGCGCUGCGUGUGAAGACCAGCCUCCAUCGCUGUUGUCACUUCCUGGCGGUAAGGCCGUGUGAUGUGGGGUGCAGGAUAUUACCUCAGCUCUUCCAUUUGGGCUAAGCUCGCCAUUGGGUGUAGGGAACUUUGGGCUCUGCAGAUGUCGCCAAACCACAACUCCCAUCAUGGCUGCCCAUUGACCCUGCUUUCUGAGGGUGAGGGGAAUUGCAGUCCAGAAGCACCUGGAGGGCCAAAUCGUUGUGGUUGUUGUUGUUGUUGUUAUCACAUUCUCUUUGAAUGGCAAUGGCGCUAACCUGAGAGGGGCCAGAAUUGAGUUCAAGGAAGUUCCAGCUGAAAAAAGCCCUGUUAUUAUUAUUAUUAUUAUUAUUAUUAUUAUUAUUAUUAUAUUAUAUUUAUAUACAGUCCUUCAUCGCAAGAUAUCAGGGCAGUCCGCAGAAUAAAAUACAAGAUAAAAACACAAGCAAAUAAUAAAAAUCGAAACAACAGACACAUUUAAAAGGCUGUAGAAUAUUAGUCAGCCAGAGGCCUGGUUGAAGAGGAACGUUUUCGCCUGGCUACUAAAAAUAUGUAGUGAAGGCGCCAGGCGAACCUCCCUAGGGAGAGCAUUCCACAAACGGGGAGCCCCUGCAGAAAAGGCCCUGUUCUCAUGUUGCCACCUUCUGGACCUCUCAUGGAGGAGGCGCAUGAAGAAGGGCCUCAAAAUAUUGAUUGAUCGCAUUUACUUGGAUGCCACAUUUCCACAACCAGCUGUGCCCAAAGCAGCGUACAGCAAAUAUUCAAAAUAUGUUAUUGUUUUGUUCUUUUCGCAAACCACUUUGAGGGUUGUUGGGUUUUUUUACAGUCAAGUGGCAUAUAAAUUUUAUGGGGGAAUAUUUUUUUAAAAAAACCAAGGCUUGCAAGUAGCCACUGGCCACCUUGCAAGUGGUAAGCACAGAAUGCUGGGGUCACCCCCAGGGCUUCCCUGAUUGGCUUUCCUUUCCCUUUUGUGGCGCAGCGCUUCUUCCUCAGCAGCGCCCGGCAGGUGUUGCUGUCCCACAGUGGGACUGUCCCGCCUGCCCUCCAGUGGCUCUGCCAUCCUGUGGGUCACCGUUUCUUCGUGGACGGAGACUGGGCCGUGAAGAGCUGCCCUCGGGAGAGCAUCUACAGUUCCACCAGUAAUCCAGGUAUUGAGAAGUCGGCUGGUGUGAUGCGAGAGGGUGGAGCCCUGGACUUGGGGAGCAGCAGGGAAACCUGGGUUCAAAUCCCUGCUUUGCUGAGAAGCUCACGGGCGACUUUCUCUCAGCCUAACCUUCCUCACAAGGUUGUUGUGAGGAUCAAAUGGGCAGCGGCCCCUGAUAGACAGGAAUCAUGGAAUCAUAAAGGACUUUGAAGGCCAUCUACUCCAACCCCUGCAAUGCAGGAAUCUCAGCUGUGCCCAAUGACCCACCUGCAGUAUAAAUUUGAAGCAGUGCCAUUUAAUCAGCCAAGGUUUCCUGCAAAGAAUCCUGGGAAUCGUAGUUUCUUAAGGGUGCUGAGUGUUGUUAGGAGGCCCCUAUGCCUCUUGCAGAGUUACAACUCCCAGAAUUCCCUAUAAGGAAGAUGGAUUGAUUGUUUAGCCAGAAUUGUAGUUCUGAUCGAUAGUAAUCCGCCUGCUUCACAAUCUGUCUCCAGUUCCUUCCAGAUGGACUCCCCAACUCCGUCAGCCCUUAACCAUUGGCUGUGUUGCCUGGCCCUGAUGGGAAUUGUAGUCCAACAACUUCCAGAGGGCGCCAUGUUGGCCAAGGGCUUCAUGGGAAAGGGUUGUCCUCCAAUCUAUUCAUUUCCCCCAUUGGACCAAGAGGGUAUUUCGUGGUGUGCUGUCAGGUGGUUGGCUGGCAUCCCUCUGUCUCGGGAGACGGUGGAGGAGUUCACCUUUGUGAAUGAAGUCAAUCUGUUGGAGAGUCACAGCGCCUGCUGCGGCUGUAGAGACCAAUAUGGGAGAGACAUGUUUUGUUGCAGCUGAGGCAGAAGAAGGCUGUCGACCCCAUCAGAAAAGGAUGUUCUUUCCCUCUCUCUCUCCCCUUUGCAGCGGACCCCCUGGCUCAAGUGACCCAGCUGUUCCGUGAGCAUUUGUUGGAGAAAGCCCUUUCCUGUGUCUCUAGGCUGGAGAGUGAGGCGCCUGCCAGCCACGACGAGGGGUAAGAGAGGACCGGAUUUCGGGUCUUGAAGCGCCUGUACAUGUUGCUCUCUCCCGCCUUGGCUCCAGCCAGUUCUGGUACCCGCCAUAUUUAUAGAUGCUGAGUGAGAACAUUCAAAUGCUGUGUUUAAUAAUAAUAAUAAUAAUAAUAAUUUAUUAUUUAUACCCCGCCCAUCUGGGUGGGUUUCCCCAGCCACUCUGGGAAGCUUCCAACAGAACGCUAAAAUACAAUAACCUAUUAAACAUUAAAAGCUUUCCUAAACAGGGCUGCCUUCAGAUGUCUUCUAAAAGUUUGGUAGUUAUUUUUCUCUUUGACAUCUGGUGGGAGGGUGUUCCACAGGGUGGGUGCCACCACCGAGAAGGCCCUCUGCCUGGUUCCCUGUAACUUGGCUUCUCAUAGCGAGGGAACCGCCAGAAGGCCCUCGGCGCUGGACCUCAAUGUCUGGGCUGAACGAUGGAGGUAGAGACGCUCCUUCAGGUAUACUGGACCGAGGCUGUCCGUACUGAUUCUCCUUGUUGCAGAUUUGGCCGAAUCCCCCUUCAAACUGCCCUGGAGAGGGGAUUCCCACCCACCUCACUUGCUCCCAGUUUAUCCCUUCCUAUCCCCUUGGAACGCAGGGAGCUGCCUUCUUCUGAAUUGGACUACCAGACCACCCAGUACAGUGGUGCCUCGCAAGACGAAAUUAAUCCGUUCCGCGAGUCUCUUCGUCUUGCAGUUUGUUCGUCUUGCGAAGCACGGCUAUUAGCGGCUUAGCGGCUAUUAACGGCUUAGCGGCUAUUAACGGCUUAGCGGCUUUAAGAAAAAGGAAACAAACUCGCAAGAACUCGCAAGACGUUUCGUCUUGCGAAGCAAGCCCAUAGGGAAAUUCGUCUUGCGGAAUGACUCAAAAAACGGAAAACUCUUUCGUCUUGCGCGUUUUUCGGCUUGCGAGGCAUUCGUCUUGCGAGGUACCACUGUAUUUGCCAGCACUGACUGGAGCAGCUUUGAAGGGUUUCGGUCUUUUCCCAGCCCAAUCCCAGAGAUGCCAGACAUUGAACCGAGAACCUUUCCUGCCCUUUCCUAAGGGCAGCUGCACCCAUAAUUUCCCGCUGGGUCGUAGGGCAUGCCGACAGGUUUUAUAAUCCCCACCGAGAAACGAUAGGUGAGGUCUGCAACAGUCCUCUUCCCAGCUGUGAUUCCCAGCAUACUGCCUCCAACAGGGGAGGGAGAACAUAGUUCUUGUGGCUUGUAGAGCCUUAUCUUCCACUAAGCAGAGGUCUAGUGGGAUCCUGCCUGCUUCCUGCCAUUUGCAGCUGGUUUCCCAAGGUGACCUUGGUUUAUUUCCUCCCCCUUGGAGAAGGGGGCUGUGGGUGCUUGCAGAUGUGUGGGUGGAAGAGACCUUGAUAGAGAAUAUCUGGGGAGUUCAAUUUUGCAACACGGUGUUGGAAGGGUUUGUUGUUGAUUGGGGAAACCCCAGAAAUGGAUGGUGCUGCUGAUUUAAAAUGGAAUUGGUAUUUGCAAAAAAUGUCAACGGGAACUUAGUUUUCUUCUGCCCCUGGAAUAACGUUGCAUCGUGAUGCAAAAGCUUCUUGCAGGCAAAAUGUGCAAGGAAAGAUCCCACCUUCUUCCUAAGUUAUGCAGGCCCCAGACUCUAAAGGAAUAUUUAGGGCUGAAUUCUACUGGACACACCAUUCACAUAGCCAGGACUUUUGUGAAUGGGUUUCUGGAGGAAAUGGGAGACACUUGUCUGGUGUAAGGUCCAAACUGGAUUGAGAUGGGGCCUUGGAGUGGGUCUGGUCCUGAUCUUUGGUGGUUGGGCAAGCUUUCAAUUUAAUGUUUUGGUUUUUUUUAAAAAAAGUCAUUCAAUCGCAUUAAUUGUUUUGUGUCUCGCUUUGGGCCCUUGGAAGCCCUGGCUUGGGGUACUGGGGAGGGGACUUCCUUUUGGCUGCCCCCUCCCCAACUAGAAGCCCAAACCAGGUUAAAUUGCUGGAAACGGGAGCUCUGGCACCAGCGUUCAUACCAAAAUUCAUCCUGGUUUCCUCUGUUUGGCUGCAGAGAGUUUUCCGACGCUCUGGAGUACCUGCAUUUCCUCAACAGCUGUGCAGAUGCCGUUCCCAGCCCAACGCCGUCCCUCAGCACCAGUCUGGAUGCUGCCACAGGUGGGGAGCAACAAGCCAAGAGUUUCCUUAGGCGGGAUGGGUCUGGAAGGGAACUGGAGACUUGUGGGACAGGGAGGAGAAGGAAGCCAGAGGUUUGUGCAGUUAAAUAGAGGCUAGAGGACACUUUUGCUGCUGAUAGGGAUAUGGUCUUUCUGUGCAAAUCAGGGCAUUUUGCAGCGGGCGAUUUGCAUCAGAACAUUUUCUGAUUUCCUAGGGCACGCGGGUGGCGCUGUGGGUUAAACCACAGAGCCUAGGACUUGCCGAUCAGAAAGUCGGUGGGUCGAAUCCCCGCGAUGGGGUGAGCUCCUGUUGCUCAGUCCCUGCUCCUGCCAGCCUAGCAGUUCGAAAGCAUGUGAAAAUGCAAGUAGAUAAAUAGGUACCGCUCCGGUGGGAAGGUAAACGGCGUUUCCGUGCACUGCUCUGGUUCGCCAGAAGCGGCUUAGUCAUGCUGGCCACAUGAACCAGAAGCUGUACGCCGGCUCCGUCGGCUAGUAAAGCGAGAUGAGAUGGAGUUGUCAGGUGACUGGCAGCUGGGUAUCUCCGCCCCUCCGGUCCAAGGGGAAAGCUAAGGAUCUGGCCCUCUGAGCCCGCAACACCCACCUUGCCAUAAGAGGUUCAGUGUUUCUGGCAGGAUCCGCCUGACGCCAUGUCCCUCUCCCUCCUCUAGGCACCGAUCCCAUUGCCCACUGGUGGGCAUCUGUGGUUGCCAUGGCGAUCCACGGGCUGCAAGGGGAUGACGAGGCUGUGGAGCGCCUGUACCCGCUGGUGGAAUCGAUGCCAAGGGCCCUCCAGGCCUCUGAGUAAGUGGGGUGGGGAAAAAUAUUAACGUGUUGUUGUUUAUAUCCUACCUUUUUCUCCAUGGAGCUUAGGGUGGCUCCGAGGUCUUCCUGUCCCCAUUUUGUCCUAACAACAACCCCUGUGAGGUAGCUCCCCUAUGAGAGAGAGAGGGAGACCAGGUCAACAUCAAACAAUCAUAGAGAGAGUUGCAAGGGACCCCUGAGGGGCAUCUAGUCCAACCCGCUGCAAUGCAGGAAUCUCGACUAAAGCAUCCAUGACAGACGGCUGUCCAACCUCUGCUUUAAAACCUUCAAGGAAGGAGAGUCCACAAUCUCCCAAGGGAAACAGGUCUUACUGUCAGAAAGUUCUUCCUGAUGUUUAGUCGGAAUCUCCUUUCUUGGAACUUGAAUCCAUUAGUUCAGGCCCUAUCCUCUGGAGCAGAAGAAAACAAGCUUGCUCCCUAUUCCAUGUGACAGCCCUUUAGAUAUUUUAAGAUGGCUAUCAUAUUUCCUCUAAGUCUCCUCUUUUCCAGGCUAAACAUACCCAACUCCCUCAACCAGACCCUUGGUCAUCUUGGUUGCCCUCCUCUGCACACGUUCCAGCUUGUCAACAUCCUUCUUAAACUGUGGCCAAGUGGGGAUUUGAACCCUGGUCUCCCAGUCCCCAGCCUGACACCCUAACCACUAUGCCAGACUGGCCAAAGACAGCAAAAUCCUGCAAGGAGCUUGUAAGGAGUGUGAUGGCAGCCAGGCUGCUCAGCGACAUCGGCAGGGGGCUGAGUGUCAUCUCCUCCUAAAACAAACGAAGAAGAAUAAAAAUUGUGCAAAGCUGGGUUUUGCAACCCUCUGUGAGGCCUCCGUUGGCUAUAGAGAACCUCCAAGUUCAGGGGAAGUCUACCUCUGAGUACUGGUUGCUGCUGUGACGUUCUUAAGCUCCGUCUUGGAGCUUGCUUAGCUAACUUCUCUCAUUUCGGUCAUUUUCAGGAUGCAUUGUUCCACAGUCAUAGGGGCUAGGAACUUGAAUUUAAGCAAACAAACCCUGAGCUUUUAAAAAUUUAUUUAAAGGAAACUGGAUUCUGUGGCCAAAGGCAGACCUUGCAGCUUUCCCAGAGCUCUUCAGCCCACACAGAACUUUGCUGAUUAUGGGGGCGGGCGGUUUCCCACCUCCCCUGAAAUGAUGGGUUGGCAAUUCAUCCUGCUUCUCCUUUCUUCGCUGCAGGAAUCCUCUUCCUCGCGCGGCACUGCAUACCUUCAAGGCUGCGCGGGUGCUGAUGGGCAAACUUGACUGCAGCCUGGGCCAGUGCGACAGAGCCGGUGACUACUUGCGAGACAGCUUGGCAGGGAACACGCCCCCCAGUGCCAUCGACAGAGUGAGUUGCGGUGGGGGCGGAGCCUGGAGCCGGGGCGGGGCCAAGCGGGAGGCCGAGGUGGUGCUUAAAGGGGUGGGCGGAGCUAAUUUGUACUUACUUGCCCCCUGGAGGCGCAGCCUGUAGCUGUACGGGGGGGGGGGUAACGGCGCAAGGCUAGGGGGUGUAGUUUAGUUUGCCUGGAGCAGGCACCCCCAAACUCGGCCCUCCAGAUGUUUUGCGACUACAAUUCCCAUCAUCCCGGACCACUGGUCCUGUUAGCUAGGGAUGAUGGGAGUUGUAGUCCCAAAACAUCUGGAGGGCUGAGUUUGGGGGUUCCUGGCCUGGAGCUUUGGAUUCGUCCUGGAGCUAAAGUGCUCUGAAUGGAGCCUCAAGUUGUGUCAGUGUCUCCCGGCUGGUUGCCCAGGAAAAUAUAAAGACAAGGAAAAGUUUCUUACAGUCCUUUUUUAUUUCAGUCUUUACAGAGAGAGGCUAUAGAACCCAGCCUCUUGGAUAAUGUUGUUGUCCCAAGUGAAUCUCCACCCUCUGUCUCUCCCACUUCCUCAUUCUUCAUUCUCAUCACCUCCUCUGUGGGAGCUGCCACGUGCCCUCUGUCUUUGAGCUCUUUGCUCUCCCACUUUCAAGGCUCGCCGGGUUCUGGGAGACGGAGGCUCUGGGAUGCUUUCUAAUGACAACGUGUUAGCCCGAUGUUGCUCUGCCUCUCCCGUGAUUUCCCAGCUUUACCCCCUCAUCUGCCUCUGAGCUGCAACCUCCCUCAAACUGCUGUUGUGAAUCUAUACUGUCUUCCUCUUCCUCCUCCCUGGAAGGGUCAGGAUGGGCAGGUGGUCUCCACCACUCCUCCUCCUCUGCUCAGCCCCUGACAUCUUGUGGCUGAAGAGGAACAAUGUCUUUCCCUCCCCCAAUUGUCUGGACACCUUCCUUUCUUCAGAUUCAACCCACUUCUUGGGCUCCCUUCCUCCUUGUCCUUCAAUUCCAAAAAUUCUGUAACUAAGAAAGAGUACUUGAGUUUUAUUUUUUUUCUUUUCCUCCUCCCUCGCAGUUACCUUUCCUUUAGUGCUGUGUCUUUUUGAGUGUAAGCCUGGAGGGCAGGGACUCUCUUCUGGUCACUGACGUUUGCAAGCUGCCCUGGGAGCCUUUGUGUGUCUGAAAAGCAGAUUUUGUUCAUUUUGAACAAAUGAACACCUUUGCAAAAAAAGAGAAGGCAGUGGCUGAGGUACCUGGGUGAUGGAGGUGGUCCAGCAACCCUUUAGCUCCUGCCCUCUGGGUGGGGUUUAGAAUCAGGAGAGGUGCUAAGUGGGGAAUGGGUUCUGCUUGGAAGACAAUGAGUCUUAAGGGGGGCGGUGUGGAUGGUCUGGGCCAUGAGCAGUUGUCUAUCUUGGGUUUUUUGCAUCUGUGGGGUGAAGGGACUUUCUCAGCACAAGGGCCCAUUCCCUUGUGUUGAACCUUCCGGGGGCCGCAUGCUGAGGCAGUUGGGGGCCAGAGGCAAAAGGGGGCAGAGCAGCAGAUGCAGCAUACACUAGUUUUCCGUGUAUAAGAUGAGCUUAUUUUAUUAAGAAAUUUUGCAGAAAAAUCAGGGGCGUCUUAUACUAGGAUAGUGGAGAGGUGGGACAGGAGAUUGGCGGCUGCCACGAGCUGGAGAUUGUCAGUGCUGUUUUUGUGGAUGGUUGGUUGGUGUGGCAAGGUCUGCUGGCUAUUGGUGAUGUCCUCCGGCGAGCGUGCAGACGAUUGGGGGUUCGUUGAUGUGCGUGGCUGUGGCGAUCCUGUGGCUGAGUGGUUUUCGGCAACCCCCACUCCAAAAAAAGCUCUACAAGUCUGGGCACUCCCCUCCAAAAAUAAACUCAGCAACUGUGGGCAAUCCUCCCUAAAAAAAGCUCAAAAACUAUUGGCAAUCUCCCCCCGAAAAAGCUCAACAUCUCUGGGCAAUCUCCCCCCAUUUUCUCAAUUUGGAGUCCUCAAAAACAUGAGGGCGUCUUAUACAAGGGGGCAUGUUAUGCAUGGAAAAAUACAGUACCUUUGUACCCAUAGACUGCAUUCCAGCCACACACAAAAUUCUACUUGCUCAUCUCUCUCCAUCCCAGCAAUCAAGGAGCCGUUAGUACAGCCCGGACAGAAGUCCUCAGGGAGGGAGGACGCAGAGCAGGCUCAAUGAGGGUUUCUGUGGGUCUCGACAGGGGCAUGUGGUCUGUGGAGGGUCCAAGGGCUGGAGUGCAAGGUUCAAAGGGCCACAUUUGGCCCCUGGUCCUGAAGUUCCCCACCUCUCUCUCUCUCUCUCUCCAAACAUCCUGGUCUCGUUGUUUCUGAGGACAACCUUUCCCCACCUCUGGCGGCUGCGGAAACCGGGAGGCUGUGCAGAGGCGGGGGGGGGGGCAUUGUGGUGGUGUCGGGGGUGCAUUGUAGUUGCAUUGCAUGUGCAGCCAAAGUGUGCAAUGCCCCUCCAGUGCAGCCCUGAGGCCGCUUCUCCCAGCGGAGGGUCUUGGCAGCAGCCUAGGGCUUGCGAGAAGAGGCAGGAGCGGGAGGUUGAUCGGGGAAGACCUUGGGUUGUCACAGAGGGGUUGGACACAGAGGAAUGGUGGGAGGAACCAACUGGGGAACCCCCGAGGGAAGAAGGCUCAGAGCUCGGGAAGGGGUGGUGGGACUUCAAUGAGCGGUCAGAGGAAGAAGACUGGGAAGAGGAGGUGUCAGAAGCUGAAGAGGCAACAGGGCUAAGUGAGCAGGGAGAGUCUGUGGCAGAGAGCAGUCCAGACUCAGAGGCAGAAGCUGAAGCAGGAGAGGAAAGAGGGCAAGAGGCAGAGAUGAGUCAGGCUGCUGAAGAGUGAUGGGUGCCUCCCUUUCAUGCGACAAGCUCCCCUCCCCACUUGCCUCCCAGAACCAGAAGGGGCAUGAAAAGGGCAGAAGAGAAAUUAGGGUCACACAGGCACAGUCUCAGAUUGCUUGGAGAAAACCCUGGAGAGGAGGGACUUAGGCAGCUGUGGGGAGGCAGAGAUCUUCAGUCUCAGAAACUGCUUCAUGGGGGCAAGACCUACUGGAGAUGAGUUGCUUUGCUCAUUAGGCCUGACACUCCUGUGCAAGUCAUGUUUUUGCUAAUAAAGAAUCACCUCCAACUUGCACAGUGUGAUUUACUGCUGGCUCGCUCCUGGCGUCAGUCCAACACCCUCCACCCACCAACUGUCAGCCCUUCCUGUCUCUCGGUGACUCUUCUUCUUUGGCAAUCACUCGUAGCCGAGUCAGAUUGUCUUCCAUAAACACGGUUUUAACAAUGAGUCCGUAAGUGACUGGAGGCCAAUUCUGGAUCCACACGUCCUUCCACAGUGGGGACAUAGGUUUCCAGUUGGGAGUUGAUCAUGGUGAGAGUUUGCCAAGCGUGCCUUCCUCUUAGAACGUUUCUCCUUCGCGUCCUGAGUUUGAGUGUCUUCAAAGCCCAUAUUAGCUGCAGCUGGCAAAAUUCUUGCAGGGAUCUUAGCAAACCGUCUCUUAUCAAUAUCUGAGGUGACCCUUCCUGAAUCCCAAAAUGGUUUUCGGCCUUCUAGGGGGACAGUGGACAUGAUUUUCACUGCUCAACAGCUUUCAGAAAAACGCAGAGAGCAAAUCCAACCCCUGUAUAUGGCAUUUAUUGAUUUAACUAAAGCUUUUGACACUGUAAAUCGCAAUGCCCUGUGGACUGUCCUUCUGAAAAUUGGCUGCCCAGAUAAAUUUGUGAAUAUCAUUCGGCUCCUCCAUGAUAAUAUGACAGCAACAAUUGCAGAUAACUACGACUCUCAAAGUGAACCAUUCACAGUGGGAACAGGUGUGAAACAGGGUUGUGUUAUUGCCCCAACUCUACUUAUUAUUUUCAUUGCCAUGAUCCUGCCCUUUGUUGAAGGGAAACUCUCCACCGGAGUAGAAAUCAUAUACGAUAUGAUAAUCUUUAUUGUCAUUGUCCCAUACAGAACAACGAAAUUGAAAAAUCUACAUAAGACAUUCAAAAACCAACAAGCCCAGCUAUCCCAACCUGGUUAGCCCCCUAAAAACUCUGAUACCCCAUUUUUAAAUACAAUAUACUCACAUAGAGACUCCUUACACUGCGUUUAAAACCAAAAUCGCAUUUGGGUAGAAACUGUUUCUCAGGCAGCUAGUCCUAGUCUUUAUAACCCUGUACCUUCUUCCAGAAGGCAGAAGCUGAAAGAGAUCAUUUCCGGGGUGCGCACUAUCCUGCUCUAUCUCUGCAGCUUUCUUAUGGCACCUGGAAGCAUAGAUUUGAUCCAAGGUGGGAAGAGUGCACCCAGUUAUUCUCCCCGCAAUCUUUACAACCCUGGACAGCAUUGUUUUUCCCCUGACCGUGCAGCUCCCAAACCACACACACAGACCAUAAGUUAAUACACUCUCAGUAGUACAAUGGUAAAAUGCCAUCAAAAGGUCCUUUAAGAGAUUGUUUUUCUGCAAGAAUUCUCAGAAAAUAUAACCUCUGCUUCCAUCGAACAGAUGGUAAGCUCUUUAAUCCGCUCUUCCAGGAUGCUGGACUAGGUGGGCCACUGGCCUGAUCCGGGAGGUCUCUUCUCACUGUCUUGCGUUCUCUCUCUUUCUCAGGCUGUGCAGUUCCUCUUGUGUGACCUCCUGCUCAUCACUCGCACCAGGCUCUGGCAGCAGCAGAUGCAAGCAGGACAGCCGCAUGGCGCUCCCUACCAAGCCUCCACCCUUGAGCUCCGUGGCUUCCAGCAGGAUCUCAGCAGCCUCCGGCGCCUGGCGCAAGCGGACAAGGCUGCCAUGCACAGGGUGAGUGCGGCGCUGGGCUUCACUGCUCCCGUAAGCUCCUCAUUGGCUCUACAAUGCGGCCGUCACUGCCGAGAGCGCUGGUUUUUAGUAAUCCUAUGAAGCUGUCUCACGCCGACUCAGAGACUUCUCCAGUCUGUUUAUUUUAUUUGUCCCAUAAGAAGAAUAGAAUUAGAAUUAGAAUAGAAUAGAAUAGAAUAGAAUAGAAUAGAAUAGAAUAGAAUUUAUUAUUUAUACCCUGCCCAUCUGGCUGGGUUUCCCCAGCCACUCUGGGCGGCUUCCAACAGAGUAUUAAAAUACAGUGGUCUGUUAAACAUUAAAAGUUUCCCUAAAGAGGGCUGUCUUCAGAUGUCUUCUAAAAGUCUGGUAGUUGUUUAUCUCUUUGACAUCUGGUGGGAGGGCGUUCCAUAGGGCGGGUGCCACUACUGAGAAGGCCCUCUGCCUGGUUCCCUGUAACUUGGCUUCUCACAGUGAGGGAACUGCCAGAAGGCCCUCGGAGCUGGACCUCAGUGUCUGUGCAGAACAAUGGGGGUGGAGACGCUCCUUCAGGUCUACUGGGCCAAGGCCGUUUAGGGCUUUAAAGGUCAGCACCAGCACUUUGAAUUGUAAUUGAAAACGUACUGGGAGCCAAUGUAGGUCUUUCAAGACUGGUGUUAUGUGGUCUUGGCGGCCGCUCCCAGUCACCAGUCUAGCUGCCGCAUUCUGGAUUAGUUGUAGUUUCCGGGUCACCUUCAAAGGUAGCCCCACAUAGAGCACAUUGCAGUAGCCCAAGCGGGAGAUAACUAGAGCAUGCACCACUCUGGUGAGACAGUCCACAGGCAGGUAGGGUCUCAGCCUGCGUACCAAAUUUAUAUACAGCUCGAUUGCUGUUGUUUUUUAUUUAAAAAAACCUUCAAAGGGGUUUACCGGAAAGAUAAUACCAUGAAAUCAAGAAUAAUUUAAAGCUUUUGUAAUGUUAACGUAGCAAUGGACUAGAAAGUGGUCAGAACUCCCAUCCGCUUUCUCAGCAUCCGAAUAGACUUGUCUGUGCAGGAAUUGGAGAUUACACUUGAAGGCACCUGCUUGCUAUCAAUAGGCAGGGAGUUCCAAAGUGGAGGUGCUGCCACACUAAAAUAUUGAGUUCUUACAAAUGUGGAAUGGGUUUUAUAUGGCACCUUUAACAGUGCUGUUUCCACUGAUCAGUUGGUCGAGUGGGCAGAUCUUGUAAUUAAACUGGUCCCAAGCUGUUAAGGGCUUGACAAUGUGGAAUUUGCAGCCCUCUGCGUGUUGUGAGGCUCUGAGGUCACAUCUGCAUCAUAUACCAUGUUAAAAGUCGAGCCCUCCCCCCGAAUCCUGGGGGCUGUAGUUUGUUAAGGGUGCUAAGUUUCAAAUUUUUGCUGAAAUCCUCACAGGUGCAGGGUCUGUGUCAUCCUUGCCUUCCUUUUGCUUUUCUAAUAUUUUAUUACGGAUUUUCUUGUUUUACAGAAGUAAGUGUAAUGCCUCGUAUUUUUUUUCCAUGUAACAUUUUUACAAAUCCAUUUCAUUUGUUGAGGCAUUAGGGGGAGAAGAAAAAAAAAAGAAAGGAAAAAGAAAGGGGGAGUGGAGGGAGGGAAGAUGGAUGGGGGUGGGGUCGGGUGGCGAUGUUUCUAUUAUGCUUAAUGUAUGUAGAGUUUGGUGUCAGCGUUACUUGUGUUCCUUUGGUGGUGAGAGAGGUUGGGGUUGGCCUAGGGUGUGAUUGGCUGUGGUGAUCUUUGUUUUCGUGUGUGAGUGAGGUGGGUGGGUGUUUUGGAUCAGGUUAGCCAUAUUGAUUUGUAUGCUGUUGGUAGAUUAUUGUCAUUGUCUUGUUGGGCUGUGUAUGUGAUAAAGGGGAGCCAUACCGGGGUGAAGGCAUCUUCUUCUGUUUGUCCCCGUGUCAGUUUCAGUUUAUUAGUUUUCCUUUUGAUGGCCAAGGGGUGUUUGUUGUGAGCAUCCCUUCUUUCAUUCUGCAAUUCAUCUCGCCGGUGGUCUGUGCUCUGCAGCCUCCCUGGGUGCCCAGCCAUCAAUUAAACCAGAUCAGGAAGUGCAGGCAGCUGGGAAGGCUGCAAAGCGCCAGAGAAAUCUUUUCUGUAAAGAAAAGCACAUGUGUUUAAGAGUUGGCUGCCUUGCCACGGGGAAGUCAGCUUGAAAGCCUUUGGCCACCAGAAUUCUGACAAAUUUCUAAAUAAAUUCUCAAGUGCUCUGAGAACGAGGCAGGGAACCUGUAGCCUCUUUUGCAGAGGACAGAAACUUUAGAGACCCUGGGAGAGAUCUCUCGACACAGCGCUGGUUUUCGUGGCGGUUCUGGUGGGAGGCAUCGGUGGGUGUUGCUGGGGGGAGUGUGGUGGUUCCUGACUCUGGCCUGCCCCCCACAGGUGUUCCUCCAUGAGGCGACGGCCCGGCUGAUGGCCCGAGCCAGCCCCACCCGGACCCACCAGCUGCUGGACCGCAGCCUGCGCAGGAGAGUUGCCUCGAGCAUCAAAGGAGGUGAGUGACAGGGGUGUGGGCUUGGUCCAUGCAUGAACCACCAUAAGCCACCUUACUCCGAAUCAGACCCACUAGUCCAUCCAGAUCAGUACUGCCUCCACUGAUCGGCAGUGACUCUUUGGGGAGAUUCCCAGCCCCACCUGGAGAUAUCUUUGGGGAUUGAACCUUCUGCAUGCAAGGCAGGUGGUCUGCAACUGAGCUACAGCUCUUUCCUCUGAAAGCGGGUGAUUUCAUAGAAUCAUAGAGUUGGAAGGGACCCCGAGGGCCAUCUAGUCCAACCCCCUGCCAUGCAGGAAUCUUUCACCCAAUGUGGGGCUCAAACCCACGACCCUCAGAUUAAGAGUCUUAUGCUCUGCCAAGUGAGCUAUGUUUUGCUCCUCACACCUGAAUGCCUCUUCCGCCUUGGGGCCCUGCUUGCCUCCUCUCUGGACCACCUGUAAGAAGGCAGAGAGGUGGGGUCUAGCUGAGUACAUGCCCCAUUUGCCCUAAGGGGCCAGUCUCCACCGCAGCACCCCACCCCAAUCAUAACACCUGAGAGGGUCUGUAGGGAGGGAUAGUUGAAAGGGUAGAGCCCAGCAUUGGGAGUGAAAAUAAGCUGUGGGUCUCUGGAUUGGCCCUGGUGCCAGCCAGCGAUGCAGCCUUAUUAAUCCAUUCGUUGCAUUCACAUCCCGCCCCCCCAUUCCUGCCCCCAGGUGACGUACAUGGUUCUUCCCCUCCUAUUUAAUCCCCAAAACUUCCCUGUAAGGUAGGUUGGGUUGAGAGAGGUGUGACUGGCUCCCAAGGUCCCCCCGUGAGCUUCAUGGCAAUGUGGGGGAUUCGAACCCUGGUCUCUCUCCAACACUCUAACCAUUGCACCAUGCUGCCAUCAGGGGAGGGGGGAAUGGCCAGUGCCAGAUUUAUGUAUAAGAUAAACAAGCUAUAGCUUAGGGCCCCACUCUCUUGGGGGCCCCAAAAUUUUUUAAAGGGAAAUAAAACUGGAUGUACAUUUCCAAAAUAUAAGAUGAAAAACAAAAUAAAACCUACAUACAGUUAGAGCUUAAUAAUUAUUUCACUAUUAAUAUACUACUUCUUAAUUGUAUUUCACUGUUAAUAUAGUUCCUAAUUGUAUUUCAGUUCAACAAUUACUUUGAUAAAAUACAUAUUUUGUUAUGUGCCAAUGGCUUUAGAUACCUAUUAGGUUCAUAAAUUACCACAUAGCAUAUAUUCAGCACAAGAAACAGCGACCAUUUGUUGUUGACAAAGGACACCUGGCCAUAGAAAGGGCCCAAUUACCUUCAGUAGCUUAGGGCCUCAUCAAACCUAAAUCUGGCCCUGGGGGUGGCCUGUCCUUUCUUGCAGGGCCACCUCUUGCUUCCGUGCCCCAUCCCACUGAGCUUCCGACAUUGUUUUCCUUUCCAGCCAGCGACCACGAGAGCCAGCCGACGGCGCGAGAGCAGGCCGAGGCCCUCCUCCUCGCCUGCUCUUACCUGCCCCCCGCCUUCCUUCUGGGUCCUGGUCAGAGGAUGGGCAUGUUGGCGGAGGUGGCCCGAUCCCUGGAGAAGCUGGGGGACAAAAGGACAUUGCACGAGUGCCAGCAGAUGAUCAUCCGGCUGGGAAGCGGGUCCACUGUCACCUCCAGCUAGAGAGAGGGGCCACCGAGGAGGACUUGUGGGGAGGAGGAAGAGGGCAGAGGGGGAAGGCGACCCCUCUAAGCACAUGGCGAGUGUGUUCUCCUGGACUCUGGCAGGCGAGACAAAGGAUCUGGCGUGGCUUGCAGGAGCCCGUCUCUCCCCGCUCUUUCUCUCUCUCUAGGUAAUCAUUACUCUGCAGGGCUACUCUCUCAUCUCCCCCUAAGUUCUGUGGGGGGAGCCCCCCUCCUUGUGGCUGUGUGUGCUGAGCAGACCUAUGUGACUUGGGGGGUGGGGAGCGCAAGCAAGCAAGUGGUGUUUUCCGAGAAGGUGACUGGAUGAAGCACCUCCUGGCUGCGUGCUUAUCCUGCUGUCAAAAUUGGGGAGAAGGGAGAUUUAUCGCUGGCUGCAUUGAGGCAGCUUUGGAAAAACCGGACGUCCUUGACAGCGCUGGUUCUUCGACGGGCAGGCGGGGAGCUGCUAGCGAGUCCAGCAUGGGUUGCAACAGGAGCAGCGCCACCGUGCAAAUAAAUGAGGAAAGGUUAGGAAUUGGGUCCCCAAAUGCAUGCUUGGGUCAGAAGUAUGUCCUGGGUCUCAAAAGGUUGCUUUUUAGAGCCAUUCUGGGUGGGGCGCAAGUGCAUUUCGUUCCGUUUCCUGCAACCGGGUUCUGCAUUUUGAGACACACACACACGUACCCUUGCAAACGCACACAUGGCUUGUGGUGGUUCAUUGCACUUCCAUUGUAGCACCCCUAUGGGGGGGCUGGCGGCUUUGCAAUUGCCCAGUUUCCCAUUGGCUGGCCUCUGUUCUUCUCUCUUGUCUCCACCUCCCCAGAUAGUCUCCCCUACUUCCUGCCAGCAGCCCAUGACAAGGCAAAGGGGACCCCUGGUGGCAAACCACCAGCACUGCAGGGUGCCCCUCCAUCUCUCUGGCCAGAUGUGAGCAGCUUAGAUGUGAGCUCCAUUUCUCCAGAGCCGUCUCUGCUGUCAGACGCCUCCCGCUUCGCUCCUCCUCCGUCCUCUGAGGGCAGAUGGGGACUCCUGUCAAGUGGCAGAGUGCUACAGUUCUGGGUUUUUCUGGAGGUGGGUCAUGGGUUUGCCCGAGGCAACCCUCCCCAUGGAUAUUCACAUGGUGGAAUUGUCUCCAGGAGAAACUUUGUGCUUCGGUUACAGAAGAAAGUUCUCUGUCUCUCCACCCUUUGUAGUGGCUCCCUGUGAAUGAUUUGGCUAUAUUUUGGUGGGCUGGGAAUUGUGGAUUUCUGGCUCGGGUGUUCUGGACCCCCAUGCUAGCAUGCGGUCACUGUCUUGUUACCACACCGCAGGGCGUGUGCGCAUGGAUUUCUAAGAAAGUUUUGCCACAUGUAUAUUCCACCCACUCCUUUUCUGGCAGUCUUUCCCCAAAGUAGAAUUCACACGCAAACACAUGUCACUGCCCUAAUUCUUGAAGCUGCUGGCUGUGGGCACUUCAUCGGUUGAAUUUCUGCCUGCCGAUCAGCUGUUAAAAGGCACCGGAGUCCUGCUAGAAAAGGCGGCCAGCCCAUUUAAGAAAAAGCAGACUAUUCUCUCUGGGGUUUUUUAUUUUGUUUCACGAGUGUACGGGAAGGGAAACGAUGAAAGGUCAGAGGGGCAGGCUGCUUCAUUUUCUAUCCCUCCAAAUAGAUGUUUGGUCCUAACAGCAAGCACCCCCAGUGUUGGUUCCAUCAGGCUGUCUGGGUUAAGGAUGUUGUUGCUAUGGAGAAAUUUCCUCUUGCGGGGCGCAGGUGUGACGGGAGAGGCAGGAAGGUCUGGCCUAAUCAUGGUGGGAAUAUGAACUGUGCCCUCUUCAGGGCUUCUGUUGCAGGAGCAUUUCGGGGGUGUUUCUGUGUGUGAGAGAGAUAUUAGCGCACCCCACCCCUCCUCAAUCUGCGUUGCUCAGACACACCUCUUCCAUUUAAAAGUUAUUUUCAUAGCGUGAGGUUUUUUUGUACAGAUGAUAAAAUAAAAGACCUACUUAUUUAUA